GGAAAAGCUUCUUGCAACCUGCUCUUGGGAAGGAGAAAGGCAUUUGCUAGAAUGUAAUGCAGCCUUUCAAGAAAGAAGUUUGCAGCUUGGAAUCCACUGGACUUUUGGAUGUGUCUUUUGCUCAGGUGGGGGAAAAAAUCCAUGUUGUGCAUUUUCUUUUAGUAUAUUUGUGUGUCCUGUUCUGGUAGAGAAACGCAUGCUGUGACUCUCCAAGGGGUGACCCGCCCUGGAUGUUGUUAAUGUUGAUAAUAGAGCUUCUGAUGAUCCACAGAGAGAGGUUUCCAAGCUACUGGUGGGCUUGUGGGUGCAUCGUCUGUCCCCCUUCGCCCCACCAAAAAUACAAGGGAAGCUGAUGCGGAGGAUUCUGAACUGAAUGACAUUUGGGGAACCGACGUUGUUGGGGUCUUGUCUGCACAGGCAUUGCCCCAGGCGAUCCAGGUGGUGUGCUGCUUGCCAUGGAAGCCCCUGCGUGGCAGCACUCGGGGUAUUCACUCGACAGCAAGAGCAUCACAAAAAGGAAAGAGGCUCCCCACACCAGGGAAACGUCAAAGGUGAAAUGUGAUGGCUUUGUUUUGGCAACGGAUGAGCAAAUGGUGUGUGAGGGGACCAGGCCCAGGGAUGGAGUCUGUGGAGUUCAUGUCUCCACAAGACACCUGCAGAUGAAGAGAGCCACAGGUGAGGCAGCUUCCAGGGGGCAGCUGGCAGGGGAGCCCCUCCUCUCUGCGCCACACAUGGCCAUGCAGGCGCAUGGGAAGGGCCUGGAAAGUCCAGCCUCUAUGCAGGUGCUCCAGAGGCAGCGCUCAGAAGACGCAGAAGGCAGGAAGACCACGGCUCUCUGGUAUAGGCUAGAGGAAAGCAAGCACAGCAUCAUGACCCAAGAGGGCGAAACCCACCCAUUUGACUUUCCAGAAUCUGAAAGGAAAAGGGAAAUGACAGCGUGCAGUUGGCCAGUGGUUCAAAUAAAUAACUUUGGCAGUCAAGAAAGUUUCGGAAGGGAGGCUGUGAGGGCAGAUAUGACUAGCACUUUCCAGGGGGUAUUGAGGAGGCAGCUGACACGCUCAGAUUCAGAGAGCAGCGCUGAGAACCGGCAAGUGAAUAAGCUGAUGCUGAACUCCCCUGGCGAGGAAACCAAGGCUGGCUUCCUGAGUUCCCUGGAUUCUCCAGAGGAGCCAAGAAAUGGAGAGAUGGAAGGCCCUCCGCUACAAAACCAUGGGGGAACCGGAGGCCCACUGAUUGCUCUUCCCAAUGGGCAAAGUGGAGACCACAUGCAGAUGGCGAGCUGCGCCUCUUGGCCUGAGAGAGCAGCAAUCGGCUGCAGUCAUGUUACCCUGACUGGUGUAGAAGAGGCGGCAAGGGAGGUUCGUGGGAGCGAUAAGGGAGCCAAGGGCCUUGAGGUAAAGUUGCUGGCAGCUUCAACCCUUGCUUUGGUUUGGGGGGAGGCUGAAAGACAUCCCAGGGAGAGGAGCCAGCCCCGCAAGAGUGGGGAAGACCUUGGGGCCUGCAAUGAACUGGGCUUUGAGUCAAACAGCCAAGCAGGUGGCUUGCCAAGCCCUGGGGAAGAGGCAGAAGCAGCAGAGAACCUCAAGCCCACGGCAGCCACGGCAGUCAUGGUGGUGACCCUGCAAAACCCCUCUCACAGGACCAGCGAAAGUGGCAGAAGCAAAACGACUGGAGGAAAGCCCCCAGAAAAUGGGGAAUGUUGUCGGCUGCAGGAACAAAGGAAGACUAAACAAGAGGAUGAAAAAGCCCUCAGAGUGGCAGACAUGAAGAAGACGUUUGAGAAGCGGAAGCCGGCAGGGGAGAAGGCUGCCCCACCUGCUCGGAAAGGUGAGACAGGGGUACUGUGACUGGGGCAGGAUUGCCUAUGUUUGCAGUGGCUAAGGAGGAGCAUUUUAAAAAACUCUUGACCGCCAUCUUGGUCUCAGAGCACAAGAACAUGGAAUAGGUAAGACAGCAUCUUAUAUUCAGAUCGGCAGGUGUUCAAAGAUUGCUGAAGUGGAACAGAGUUCAGCUUCAGAAUGGAUGUCCAGCAGCAGGAAGGAAUAAAUUAGUGUGUUGGGUCGGGAGAGAGAGAGGUUGUUUGUGUGCUUUGCCUGUGAAGUUGACCAGGAAAGAAAGCUGGGAUCACUGAUGUGAGUUAAAUAUCAAGGAAGGGAGAAAAUAAAUCAAAUAAACCAGCAAUACCAGAGUACUGCUUAAACCUGCAAAGGACUGGGAAUUUCACAGGGCUGUGAAAUUUUAGCACCUGGACUCGAUGGCCUUUUGCCCUCCCCCAUAUUAGAUCGGAGUAUGUAUUUCUUAUAUAUAACUGCAAGGGGGGGGGGGUUCUUGCUCACUCUGCUGAACUGAGCCCAAGACUUUAGUCGUAAAACUCUGGCCUGAUGACACCCGCCCUGCAGGCGGAUAAAACCUCUGGCCCACUUUUCUACUAUGUCUGGUGGACUCAGCAAGUGAGGCAUUUUUAUUUGUUUCAGCUGAGCAGCUGACUGCAAAGCUGCACCAAAUCCUUUUAGUCCCAUGGCGUGACUCUUGAGUGCAGCUUCCACAUAAGCAUGUUGUGGGGCGGACGGUCCUCCUCAGGCCAGCACAUUUUUGCAGCAUCCAUGUAACUUAGCUGAGCUCAGUGGCAGAGCACCUGCUUUCCUGCAGAAGGUCCCUGGCUCCCCCCCCCCCCCAUGGCACCUCCAGGGAGGGUGGGAGAGAUCCCUGUUCCCCAAGAGCCCCUGCCAGCCAGUGCAGACAGUUCUGAGCUCAAUGGACCAGUGGCCGGACUCAGCAGAAGGCAGCUUUCUGUAUUUCUAUAAAAUGCCAGCCCAUGUCCCUGCCUUCUGCAUUUACCCUUUCCACAGAAAAUCUGUUUAAAAAAUCCAUUGCUGACAGCCUGUUUGCAAUACUAAGCCCCUGUGAAGGGAUGGACUGCCUGCUUUCAACUAGAAUUUCCCCAAUGUGGUAUUUAUUUGGCAUCACACAGUUUGUAGCUGGGAUGCUACAGAUGUUCUAUUAUUCUGAGCGUUUGAUACUUGGGUUCUCAUAUGCAGAACUGGGUGCCCCCCCCUUCAGUUGCCUUGGUGAUGAGAGAAGACAGCACAUAGUGGUCUUGGGCAAAAUUAGCAAAGGAAUUGGCUGCCGCGCAGAGACAUACCUCGGCUCCCUUGUGCCCCUGGAAAGGAGCUGCCUCAGAGCCCCUCCCUCUCUGCUGAGGCACCCAGAGCAGCAGGGGAGCCCCCCAGGGAGUGCGCAGGUGGGUGGACGGGCCCUAGGCACUCCAAGCUAGAGAGCGGAUGCACGGUUUUUGUGCCCUCCUGGGCCUGCGCCCCUGGCAGGGGGCAACAUAGCCAACCCCCUAGGUCUGCCCCUGCUGCCAGGAGAAAUUGGUCUGACCCUGCAGGGCUCAGGUCAGAGGAAUGGCCUUAAGGAAACUUUCUCCCAGUGUCAGGAUGUGCCUGCACCCGUGUAACUGCUGAUAACCAGUGUCCUGUGCCCACACCUUUAAUCAGCCUUCCCCAAUUUUGUGCCCUCCAGAGGCUUUGGACUACAGCUCUGUCAGCCCUGCCCAUUGGCCACACUGGCUGGGGCAGAUGGGAGCUGGGAAUUCUAGGGCUCUUCUUAGGGUCUAAUGACCCACAGCUCCUGUCUACGUGGACCAGCAGCUCCUCUGCAGUUUGAGACAGGAGUCUUUCCCUGGGUGUAGCCAGGAUUUUUGUUAGUGGGAGCAGGCCUUUUGUUGGGGGGAGGAGAACCUCAGUUGGCUAUGUAUUUUUUUUUAAUUUUUAUUGAUAGGGAUAGCUGCCCCCCCCGGCUAUGCCCAUGAGUCUUUCCCCAAAUCUACCAGACAACACCAGAGAUUGAAGCCAGGACUUUGAACCCCUGCCACUGAGCUGUAGCCAUUGAGCUGGCUGCUGGCUCUCCUCCGUGUUGGUGGUGGGGUGAGCUGGGGUGCCUGGGAGGGGGCAGAGUCAAUGGAUGUUGCAUCCCUGGGAAAUCCUCUUUCAUCCUUUGUAAUCCUCUGUUGCUGCCCUCUUGCAAUGAUAGGCAUUUCAUUGGUAUAUAAAUGGCUAAUAUUCAUGAAUCACAUGUGAUUUUCCUACACCACCACCUCUUUUUAAAAGCUAGAUCUCAGCCCUGAUAGUACUCCAGUUCUAUAGCUCCCCUUAAUGGUCAAAAGCUGAAUGCAACAGCAAGUCACACUACUGUAAAUAUGAUUCUUGCUAUCGAUUUCCCUAACCCAAUCUCCCUAGACAUAGGAGAGGAAGGUACUGAAGGCCAGGGUCAGUGUCCACCUGAAAGAGAUAACGACUCCAGCAAAUAUAAGCCAAUUUUGGGGGGCAUUUUGCUUAUUUUAAAUCUAAUUUUGAAACGUUAUAUAGGCACUACUGUAGUCCAAGACCUCGUAAGUGGCUCCCAGUAUUAACACAAUUAAAGGUAGUUGCCAUGCAGAUGACAGGCCCCCAAAUGGAACUGCUGCGGGGGUUCUUCACAACUCCAAACCAGAGAGCCUUGAACAAGGGCUGAAGAGGUUUUUGCUUUGCAAUCAGAUCAGCUGCAGUAUACAGGGGGCCUAUGAACUGCUGAUCUUAUUGAACCCCCUGACCGUGGUCCUCCUCUCGCGGCUCAGAAGGGAGGAAGUCCAAGGCAAGCGCUGCCCGGCUGCAGAAAGGGCAAGCCCAGGGAUGGAGCAGCUCCAAAGGCCAAAGGCAGCUUAGGAAGACUUAGGGAUUUUGGAGUGGCAAUGUACACGAGGCCAUCCCCUUUACCAAAUGUUUUUUUUAAAAAUAAUAAUCUAAGAGUCUCUUUUAAUUUUACCCCAACCCAUCUUUCCAAAAGCACGGCUCUUUGCUGAAUAACUACACAUACUGUGCAAGACUAGAGCGCUAAAGGUCUUUACAAAAAACACAACCCCACAAUAUUUGAAAUAGAUUAAAACGUAUCUACUGCUUAGAAAUAUUCAUUUAUGAACCAUAUUCCUAUGCCAGCCCCUCGCUCGAAGGGGCCCAUACACGAGUCUGACUCGGACACGUGAGAAUGGGGAGUUGCGUGUGCGAGCGCCGGGGGGGGCGCGGACAAGGGAGGCGCGUGCCCGCGCCCGGCGCCUCUCCUCGCUUCCUCUCGCGCCGCGCCAGCCCCGCCCUUCUCCUUUCCAGCGAGAGACGCUGGUUGGACGCCUUCCGUCCCGCGCUGGGCGGCGAUUGGCUGCCUCGCCUCUCCCCUCCGCGAGGGCGGGACAUGAGGUUGGCUGAGGCGACGCGAGAGGGCGGGGCGGCGCAGGGCGCGGCGGGGCGUGGUCGGGGGCGGGGCGUGGUCGGUCCCGCCCCCUGGCGGCCGGUCUUCGCGCGUGUCCGUCAGUCAGUCGGAGUCGGGCGAGGAGGAAGGAGGCGCGCGGGCGGCGGCGGCGGCGGCGGGCGAGGUAAGGGGAGGCGGACGCGUGUCCCUCGGGGGGGGGGGUCCUCGCUUCUUGGGGCCCGGCCGCGCGCGUCGCUCUUCGGGGGGGGGACCAGGCCCCCCGGGAAAGCGGCGGCAGGUCGGCGGGGCUGGCCUUUCCCCUCCCCCGCCCCCAGGUUGCCCUCCUGCCUCCCAAGGAAACGUCCAUGACUUUCUGUCUUCCUGCAGAUUCAAGCGCCUGUAGGGAGUCAACAAAACAAUGCAUUUUUGUUUGCGCUUAAAGAACAACAGCAGAUUAUUGGUAUGGCAUAUGUGGGUCUCAUGGGGGGAGGCUAAAAAAAAAGAAGACAUUUGCAUCCUCCUCAUUAAAAAAAAUGCUGCGUGUCUGAUACACAAAAUAUACUUUUAUAAAUCUGUAACUGCAGGUGAGAGCAUGCCAGGUUUGAAAUUGGAGAAGGGAAGUGGAGGUUUGUAAUUGUCAGGUGGUCCGAGUGGUUAUGUUCAAAUAAUUUCCAUCUUUUGACUCAAAGGGCUCUUGAAGCAGCUUAUGUAAGCCGCAGUGAGAUGCCAUUUAAAAGAGCUGGGGAGGGAAAGAGCCCGGGCUUCUUUGGAAACAGAGGUGUCUUGAGGGUGUCGGGUUUCGUGGGAUGUGGGGGCUGCCGAUGUGGGGUUAGGAUGAGAGGCCCGGGGGUUGUGUGAGCGGUCAGGUGAGACCGUGGAUGGGCGAGAAGGGAAGGCAUGUGGGGUGACUGGGGAGGAAGCGCUGCAAGGGAUGAGCUGAGGAGGACAGAAAGGUUUGUUCAUGUGAGAGACGACUCAAGGGGCUAAGUCCAGGCAGCCCAGGAAGCUGAUAAACGGUGGUGGGAAGCUUUCCAGUUUGGGGAGGGAGGUGUUUUGUGGGGGGGGGGGCGGGUUGUCAGCAGGGUGUAGUUGAGACUUGGGUGCUGGUGACGGAGGAGGGACUUGGGUGUGUUGCUUUAUGGCAGCAGAUAAUUGAGGAGGAGGGAGGGGAGGGUUAGGUCAUGGGGAGAGCCAGUUGCUGGUCAGGGCAGGCUGCUCCCCAAGCUGCAGGCAGGUGUUUGGUGCUCUGUUGCAAAUUGUGGGGAGGUCAGGGGAACAAGAAGGAUGUCCAUGUAUAAGGGGCUGCAGGUGUUUGGGGUGGGGUAUGUCUCCCUGUGAUGGUUGAGGGAGAGCAGCGCAGCAGCAGUGGUUAAAAAGGAAUUCUCAAGGAAAUCUGCUUUUCUGUUUGGGGAAAUUGUGCAUGUACAAUUUUUACAGCUGAAUACUGGGAAAUCAUGGGUUAAAUGAAGUGUAAAGAGAAAUUUUAGGAACUCUGAAGAGGGUUUCAUAAUGGCUGUCUUCUGUAGAUAGGAUUCCUUCUAAAGGAGGAAGCUGUCACAUACUGCUCGGCAACCCUGGAGAGAGGCUUUCAGUCGGAUAAAAGUCUCCUUCAAAUACCUCACAGAAGAAUACAGCAGUAUAUUCUGUAUGUGGGGGAAGUGUUUUUAGAAGAUAGCAGUAAAUGCCUUCAGUUGGCAUGGGAUACCUCUUGCAGGGCUGGACUAGGCAGCUGAGUCUGCUGCUCAAAGAAUGGACAUCUUUUGCCGAGAAGAAGCCUGUCGAGGUGCAAACUGUAAUUCUUCCUCAGUAUUGCACAUUUUAUGACUAAGAAUAAUGUGAGCACUUCUGUGUGGGAUGGAAUACAGUUCUUUUGUUCUUUAGAUUGUUGACUAUUUUUGAGGAGGGGAAAAUAUUAGUCAGUUGCAUACAAUGUGUGUGGCAUGCAGUGGACAUGAUGCCUAAGAAGAAGGGGGAAGGGUAGAUGACUGUGCCUGCCAUGCAUGCUAGGGGUGUAAGUCCAGUGGAGUUCAGCAGGUCAUAAUUCAUAGAAUCAGAAUUGCAGCGUUGGAAGGGACACCAAGGAACCUCAACUAGAUCAUACAUGACAGGUGGCCAUCUACCUCUGCUUGUAAACCUCCAAGGAAGGAAAGUCCACCACCUCUCGUGGGAGUCUUUUCCACUACUGAACAGCUCUUACUGUCAGUCAAAAUAGCCUUUCAUGUAACUUGAAUCAAUUGGUUUGGGUCCUACCCUCUGGAGCAGGAGAAAACAAGCUUGCUCCCUUUCAAUAUUUGAAGAUGUCUAUCAUAUCUGUUCUCAGUCUCUUCUUCUUCAGGCUAAACAUUCCCAACUCCCUCAGCUGUUCAUAAGGCUUGGUUUCCAGACACUUGAUCAUCUUGGUCACCCUCCUAUGCACACGUUCCAGCUUGUCAAUAUCCUUCUUAAAUUGUGGCACCCAGAACGGGGCACAAUAUUCUAACCAUAGAAUGGUACUAUGAUUUCCCUUGAUGGGAACAUUCUGUUGAUGUAGCCUAGAAUAGCAUUAGCUUUUUUUGCUGCCGCAUAACGCUGUUGACUCAUGUUCAACUUGUGGUCUGCUAAGACCCCUAGAUCUUUUUCACAUGUACUGCUAGUAAGCCAGAUGUUCCCCAUUUUAUAUUUGUGCAGCAGGUUCUUCCUGCUUAAGUGUAGAACCUUACAGUUGUCCCUAUUGAAAUGCCGCUCUCUCCUUGCCUUGCUUAUCAUGUUCACCAGGUUGGGCAUUACUCUCCUUUUGGGUGAAGACAGAGGUAAAGUAGCUGUUGAGCAGUUCUGCCUCUGUCUCACAGAAGCAUUUCUUUGUCUUCAGACAAAGUAAUCAUGGGAUUGUAUUGUAAAUUUACAUAACUCUUAAUUAUUUGCAUAUUUUGGUUCUGCCUUUCUCUCCAUGCCCUGUUUCCUUCUGUCAAAAUGUCAUUUGUAGGAUCCUCAGGGUAGGGAGGGACGCGGGUGGCGCUGUGGGUUAAACCACAGAGCCUAGGACUUGCCGAUCAGAAGGUCGUCGGUUCAAAUCCCCACGGCGGGGUGAGCUCCCGUUGCUCGGUCCCAGCUCCUGCCAACCUAGCAGUUCGAAAGCACGUCAAAGUGCAAGUAGAUAAAUAGGUACCACUCCAGCGGGAAGGUAAACGGCGUUUCCAUGCGCUGCUCUGGUUCGCCAGAAGCGGCUUGGUCAUGCUGGCCACAUGACUCAGAAGCUGUACGGGGGCUCCCUCGGCUAAUAAAGCGAGGUGAGCACCGCAACCCCAGAGUCGGUCACAACUGGACCCUAAUGGUCAGGGGUCCCUUUACCUUUACCAGGGUAGGGACCUGCUUUUAUGUUGUUCUUACCUUAUUCACAUGUUAAUGGUAAGCCAUAGACAAUGGCCUACCAUGAAGGACAACUUCGGCUUCUUUACUUUUUCUCGCUGGCAUACAGGAGAGUCAGUUUCUACCUCAGAGUUAUAUCUGAAGCAGGGAUUGUGGAUUGUUUUGCUCCAAUGAAAUCUCAGUCUGUAGCUAAGGUUUGUUCAUUGCUUACUGAUUGCUAUUUUUUAUUACAUUAUUUAUUUAUACUUAUUUAUUGCACUUGUAAGUCAUACUUUUAAUGAGAAAUAAGCUCAGAACGACUUACAAUGUAAUACAAAAAUUAAAACCAAAUAAAAACAAAAACUUAUACAUAUAUAGAUAUAUAUAACAGUCAAAUACAUCCCACCCACUAAAGGAGGCCACAAUAUCUAAAACUCUCCUGAGCUAAAGGUCAAAAGUCCAUUUAAAAAGAAUCAUUUUUGCCUGGCACCUAAACGUAGCCAAUGAUGGCACCAGGCAAGCCUCCCUGGGGAGAGCAUUCCAAAAGUGGGGAGCCACCACUGAAAAGGCCCAUUUUCAUGUUGCCACCAUCUGCACCUCCCUCUGAGAGGGCGCACAGAGAAAGACCUCAGAUGGUGAGUGCUGGGAGAGGUGGUCCUCGAGUUAUUGCGGUCCUAAACUGCAUAAGGCUUUAGAGGUCAGAACUAGCACUUUAAAUUGACCCCUGAAGCAAAUUGGUAGCCAUUGCAGUCAUGCCAGAAUUGGUUUUAUAUGCUCAGACCAUCUUGUACUGGUUAGCAAUUUGUCCACAGAGGUUUGCACCAGCUGUAAUUUCUGAAUUGUCCUCAAAGGGGGCGGCAUGCAUACAUGGUUCUCUCCCCCCUUUUUUUAUCUGACCCUAAUCCAACACUCUUGAUCACUAUAUACCACUCUGACUCAGGUGUAACACUACAGCUGGGAUCCUAGCUUGUUUCUUCUGUGCGGGAAGUGGGAGAAACAAAGUGGUCAGGUCUGUGCAUACACAGUAAGCCGUUAACUAUGGUUUGCCUUGGCAUGGAAAAUGGGCCUCUGUAAGAUGCGACUUUCAUUGAAAGUGGAGUAAUUCUUAAUUCUUAGAAGCUUUUCUUACGAUUUGUGAAAUGCUAUAUGAAUUUUCUAACUCACAAAAUGUAAACUAAUUACCUUUCUCAAGCAUAUGCAUCAUUGUACUAAUGUAUAAGAAAAUGAUGAAGAAAUCAGCUGCAAGCUGACUAGACACAGAAAUAAAACUGACUAGCCUAGUAGGUCAUCAUAAAGUUGAGCUGCUCUGCAUGUACAAUAGAGCAUGUUUGCUCUGUGUGCCUAUUUUUUCUCUGAUUGGUUCAGAGAUGGUAUGGUAACCAUAUCCUCAUCUGCUUGCAAGGGCCUUCCCACGCGGAGGGUCUCUUCAUCUGUGACCCACAUGAUUCCUUCGCACAACGCAUGUAUGUUUCCCUCUCUAUCCAUGUGGUAGAUGCCAGACUUUCAUGCUUUGCUUACUCCCCUUUUUGAAAACAUAUCUUUUUGUGUAUAAAACAAGGUAAUUUACAAUCAGGAUCUAAAAUAUAUUAAAACCUAAAACAACUGAAACAUUUAUAAAACCACAGCUUAAAAACAUAGGCUAAAAACAUUUUACAUUUUGCAACGCUCAGUGAGUUCAUUAAAGUGCAAGCCCUAGAACUCCAAAGAGGAGGUGGGGGGGGUAUUGCAGGCUCACUUUGGGAUGUGGUAAUACCCAUGCAAUGCCGCCCCCUCCCAUUUUCCCUGGGCUGCUGUGUCCACUUGGGUUGGAUGCAAAUUCCUGAACAAUCUGCUUCCUCUGGGUGUGCAAUAAAUUGGUUGAGAAAGAACUUGUAAGCAGAGUGCAAAGGUGGUCAAAAGCUGAGGUGAGAUUGAGUGUGGCACAUGGGACUCCCGAGUCUCUGGCUUAAGGGAACUGUAAUGAUAAGUUGACUGAGGGUAGACCCGUGGAGGAAAGCAGGGUGGUGGUCUAGGGUAUGCUGGAGGUGGGGAACAAAACAAAUUGGGGCAAUAUAGCUUAUCUUUUUAUGUAAAAAAGGUUGCUAUAUAUAACUUGCUGAUGUUAUUUUGUUACUUCAUGUUUUUCAAAGGCUGUGUUUGCAGAGGUAAAAGAUCAAAGUGCAAAAAUCCCCAAAUACACACCUGACUGCAUGUGUUUUUGUGUCUUGCUACAUAAUCGUAAAUUUUUAAUGGAUGGCUGUAGACUUUGAGUGGGAGAACUGCAAUCCAUAUUGGUGCUUCCCCAUACAUACUGUGUUGGGAUUGCUCUGUCUUCUGAUGAACUGCCUUUUCAAACAUCAUUGGAUUUUUCAAGUUAAAUCUUCAUGCUUAUUGCAUCUGUCACAGUUGGGCUGCAUCCAAGCACGAGGCAGGGAGGGGAUGUAGCUGCAAUGAAAUGUAAGGCCAGGGAAAUUAAUAUUGCAUCAUAGUGAUAUAGGCUAGAAGCGAGGGAGAAACUAAUGGUGCUUAAUAACUGCAUAUUUAUUGCAUGCAUGUUAAAAUUGGACAUUUUUAAUAAUCACAUAAUUGAAGGGAUCAUUUGAGCAUUACACGACAAUUUGGCUCACUAAAAGUGCCUGGGGCUUUGUUUUAAAACACAUUUUAAAAAUUAUCUUACACUUCUAUUGACUUAAAAAAAGGACCAGUUCAAAUUUUGAUUUGCUUUGAAAACUGAGCUGUGCACUUUUUCUAACAGAAGCUGCAUUGCAUUGCUGCAGCUUUUGCCAACACAAUGUCCAGACAUUUUGGACUACAGCUCCCAUCAUUCCCAAUCCCGCACCAGCUGGGGGUGAUGGGAAUUGUAGUCUGAGGCAUCUGGAGAACACUCAUUGGCAAAGGCUGGGUUGCCAUGUUGCAGAUGCUGCCAUCUAGGGAGGUCUUACCCAGUAUUCCAAGCACCAUUCUAGAGUGCUCCCUUAGUGCACAACAGAAAUGUAUACCAGCAGAUAAUCCUGGGCUGGGACCUAUAGUUGUAAAGAAGGUGGGGUAAUUUUUUGACUGGGCUCCUUUGCAGAACUGCAGUUCUUGUGGUUCUUUGAGAACCAUGACAAUUCAGUAGUUUGCGUUUGUGAUAUGCUUGCCUGCAUAGUGUAACAAUGGUUUUGAGACCUGUGUUGUUUACAUAGGUGGGCAGUAGAUGGUAGGGUUGUCCUGCAACCUGUAUCUGAGUUUAGUGUGAGAUCUCUUGUUCAGUACACUUCUCUUUUACCUGUGGCUUUCAGAAUAAGCCAUUAUUGAGUCAAAGUAAAAAUCCUGCUUAACAAGGUAUGUCUGAUUCAGAGCGAAAGCAAGGUAGCAUACAGGGAAAAAGUAGAGGUGUGAGGAGGGAAAUGCAGUUCUUUGUGUGCUGGAUAAACAACAUUGUGGGAUUGUUAGGUGGGAAGAAUACUCCUGUACUUGAGGACUGCUUCAAAAAGUGCUAAGCUUGAGCUCUAUGAGAUCAAUAUUUUUGUCAGGAUGAAGGGCUGCAAAAGAGGACUAAGAAGAUCUUCAUUAUUCUUUGCAUUGCAACAGAUUUUAAAAGUAGUAAAUCUUACGGAGGAUGGAAAAUUUGUUGGCAUUAAGACUUGAAACGGUGUUCUGAUAUUUGCAGCUUCCUACCUAUGUUUAACGAACUACAAAGCCUGCUUGUCUCAUAUAUGUGAUAACAUACACUGGGAGUGUGCACUGUAUUUGCAGGGAGUUGCUGCAGUGAAUUUUUAGGAAACCUUCAUUCUGGUGGGGGCAGAGACUGCAUCUGGUCAGAGUGUGGCGAGAGCAUCUUCCAGCUGGCCCUUGGUGUCCUUUGAUUAAGGAGCCAUGGGUAUUUGAUUUGACAGUGAGCUUAAUCUCUACUAAUGUAAUUAGUUUUCCCUUUCUUCACUGAUGCAAACCUUCCUCCCCUGCAAUAAUUCCAUUUAAAAAGCAGAAGCAAUGAAAUUAAAAUAAUGCUAGCACAAACCCUAAACCGAUUAAAAUGGAGUAUAAUCAGGUGUCUAAAGGAGGGAUUAUGAGUCCUUGGAUGGAAUCCUCUGGCAUUUGAGAAGAGUUAAGUUGCAUGGAAAUUCUCUUCCAAAAAACAUCAUGCCAUGCAGACAGCACUUGUGAACACCAGAACUAAUAUUUUGGAAGAAACAAACAGGUUCUUCUAUCUAUUAUUGAUCCUGAGUUAUAGCAACCAGUCUGAUACUGAGCAUGAGAUGACUUCCACCCCUGCAAAUCUCCUAAUCCCACCAUUCAUGUACCAGCACCAUUAAUUGGCAGGUAAUGUCCUGAACUUGCAAAAAACUGAACAUGAAUCAUGUACAUGUCUCUAACAUUGAUCAGUUGCACAUAUAUAGUAGAUGUAAUUAAAGCUGGAAAUUAUCCAGAGAUAAGUGGUUCACAGCACAGAGAGCACUCUGUCCCAAGAGUGUUCACUGAGAUUUGCAGGGGAGGCCCUCCUUUUUGCCCAGUGCAAUGAGAGCAAGAUAGGACUGUCUUUGUGGUGGACCUCAUUUAAUGGAAAUCCCUUCCCUCAGACGUAUUACUAGUGGCUUCAUUCUUUGGUUUUCAGUGCCAUUUAAAGAUGUAUCUCUUCAUAGACUUUGAAACACAAUCUAGAUGAGCAAUUGUAAAAUUCUGCAGACUUGUCCUUUGAAAUUGGCCUUUGAAAGGUGGUGGAUGUUGCAAGUGUUCUGACUUCAGUCUCUCAAACAAUUCCCUCACUUUGUGGGGGUUUCAGCAAGAAACAGGGGUUGAUUUCUUUGAAGCCUGGUUGAGAAACUUUCUGAAUAUUCAGUGCUAUAAUAUCUUUAUGUUAUCUGUGCAUGUUGGGAUUUUUUACCUGGCUGGGAAUGUCACAUUUUGCUUAUUGAAACAUGAAUCUUGGUUCUUGACAAAUCCAUCAUCAUUAACUGAUGCAAGAAUUGAGUCCUAAAUUCCUCCAGAUGAUUCCAGCUUCAUUGCAGGAGUAUGUGAGGUAGUUUUGUCCUCAGUUUGUAUAGAGCAACACAGUGUAUAGUGGACGCUCGGGUUGCGAACGUGAUCCAUGCGGGAUGCACGUUCGCAACCCGCAAUGUUCGCAACCCGCGUCUGCGCAGAUUUGGCGCUUCUGCGCAUGCGCGACCGCUGAAACCCAGAAGUAACCCAUUCCGGUACUUCUGGGUUUUGGAGGUCUGCAACCUGAAAAAAUGCAACCUGAAGCGGCUGUAACCCGAGGUAUGACUCUGCUUAAUGAUCCUGAUAGAAAGCGAUUCCCUGCAUUAAAAAGUCACGUGGCAAGUUGUCAUCUUAUAUUGGGAAUCUUUUUCUUAUGUGCAGAACCACCUCAACUACUGUCUUGAAAUAACAUGUGGCUGAGCAUCCGUAAUUACAGCAAAUGUCCUUUGAGUCAUGUUCCCCCCUCUGACUUUGCAUCUUGUAAAUGGGCUUAUUCUUACACUAAUGUUGAGUUGUGUGGACAACAGAUACUUCUAGAUUAAGAUAGUGCUCUUCAGUAGCUCAAAACAGUGCCUCUGGGAUGAAAAGGGAUUAAUCUUGAAGAUAAAGAACAUCUGUACAAGAGAGAGGAAGUGUUGAUCUUGAAAGCAUUUGUUAAAACAGAUGUUAGAGAGGCUAUAAUUGGUACCACAAGUGAGGGAUUUGAAGUAAAAUUAUAAGACUGAAAUAUCUAGAAGUCAGUUCUUGGUUCCCCACUGCAGGUUGCACUGUAGGGCAGAAGAGUGAUGCUCCUGUUAGAAAUUGUGUUCCAGUUUGCAGUGGCAAUAUUGGUGAAGUUAAUAUUGUGGGGGUUUGCACAGUUAACAAUUUGAAGCGAUUUACUGACUUUGUGCAACAAUUCAAUGUAUUCUCUUUUCAUUGAAUUGCUGCCACGGGGUGGGGGAUAACUAUCAUAGAGCAUGUGCAAAUGCCCCAGCUUCUGUCCCUUGGAUCCUCCCUUAAGGCAGUAGAUGAUGGCCUUCCAGAACUUCAGUAAUCAGCUGAGCUACUGGGAUCGAUGGACCAAUAGUCUGAUCUGGAAUAAGGAAGAUCCCCAUGUUCCUAAUGUGUGGAACCUGCGGUAAUCCAGAUAUUGGAGUCCAACUCCCACCAGCCCCACACAGCAUGAGCAGGGAUGAUGGAAGCAGCAGUCGAGCAACAUCUUAAUGGCCAAAGGUGCCUCACUCCCAUUGCAACUGCUCAGUAAGGGAUCAUUCCAGAUUCCUUGCUGGGGAGCAGUGGGGCUGAACAGAGCACAGAGCUACCACUGUACCCCAAACCCCAAUGGUUGACCAGGAUAAAAAAUGUGUGUGGGGGGGUAUUUAAAAAAAAAAAUUUGGUGAACCAGCUUCAGGCUAGUUCAGCAAAGACACCUGGAUCAGGCCCCUAUCUGUCUGUUGAAUUGGCUUAGGCUCGUUCUCUGCUUCUGCCCCAUUUCUGGGCCUUACACCGUCUACUCUUGGGAGAAACACUGCCAGCAGCUGCCUGUCAAUGGCCUGUGCAGUUGGCGAGUGCAUUGGGGCCCUGUGUGGCAGCAGACCCUCCUCUCUCCAGCCUGCCCAGAGCAGUGUGGGAGUGGUGGGCUUUCUCUGCCCUUUGCAUUUCAUAGUCUCUGAAUUUUAAGGCACACCCUUCUUUUGAGCCGAGUCUUCAGUGGACUGGGUGAGAGUUUAUGGAGCUGAAUUUUCUCUGAGCCAUGUUUAGCAGUUAAGAACUGCUGCGCUGCUUUAAGGUGGCCUCCAGUUGCUCUGUUAUCACUUUGCUCUUAGUGAACCUCACUUUACAAGGCCUGGAAAAAUUCAGGCACUUAAGGAAAGACUCCCUCACACUUAGAAAUGCUUGUUUGUAUCCAGAGUGUGCUUCUCUUUCCAUGUUCAACUCUGGCAUCAGAAUACGCAGCUAGCUGCUCCCCUCUCCUUGGGGACUUGUUCUCAUUCAGUAGCAGUAGGAACUGAUGUUGAUUACCGUAUUUUUCGCUCUAUAACACGCACCCGACCAUAACACGCACAUAGUUUUUAGAGGAGGAAAACAAUAAAAAAAAUAUUCUAAACGAAACAGCGGAUAUAUGAUUUUUGUGGUUCAUGCUGUGGCCACAGACAUGUGAUCUGACGGUGAGUUUGGGGUAGCCCAAUGCAAAAAUCCUGAGGAUCCAUGUGGAUCCAUGCUUUGUAACCACAUUUUUGCACCACUGCGGCCCCAGGCAACAGUGGGUGCGUGUUUUUUUGGUGCAAGCUGUAGCCAUUGGACAUGCUAUGUGAUCUGAUGGUGAAUUUGGGGUGACCCAGUACAAAAAUCCUGAGGAUCCAUGUGGAUCUGUGCUUUGUAACCACGUUUUAAGUGGGGAGGGAAGGAAAAGCACUCAAGGGACAAGGGACACGCGUGGGGUGGGUGGAGAAGGAUGCUGUUAAUAAUGCAGAAGAGGGGUUUAAGGGGAGAAGGAACACGCGUGGGGUGUGUGGAGAAGGAUACUGCUAAUAAUGAAGAAGAGGGGUAUAAGGGGAGAAGGCUCCUCUCCUCUCCCGCUUUGCUCCUUUAAAGCAAGGAGGCUCUCUGUCCCUCUCUCCUCCCCACUCAGCGGCUCUUCUCCCGCUUUGCUGUUUCAAAGCGAGCCACGGAGGAGGCAAGGAAGAGGAACCAUGGAUCCUCUGCUCACGACUGCAGCAGAUCCCCCCCGCCACCCAUAGGCAUUCGCUCCGUAACACGCACAGACAUUUCCCCUUACUUUCUAGGAGGGAAAAAGUGAGUGUUAUGGUGCAAAAAAUACGGUAAGUUUUGGUAUCCAUAUAUGGGGGUGGGGCAAUAUGUUUACUGAAAUGUGUUGCUUUUGAAGAAAGGCUAUUUACCAACUUACAUCUGCUAAUGACUAAUGUCGAAAUGAUGAAAUGUUAACACUUUGCCUUAACAGACUGGAUUUGCAAGGGCAGAAAAUAGUCUUCCAUACCUGCUGUCUUCUGAAAUGUUUCUAAUGAAUCUCAUGAACAAAUAGGGUAGUCAAUCCUUCCCCAACCUGGUGCCCUCCAGAUGUUUGGACUCCAGCUGGGACCGGUGGCAAUUGUAUUCCAGAACAUCUGGAGGGCAUAAGGUUGGGGAAGGCUGGGAAGCAAUAAAAUACUAUGUUGUGGUGGUUUAAAAAUAAAUUUGGCUUACGAAUAAUAAUAAUAAUAAUAAUAAUAAUAAUAAUAAUAAAAGUGGCUUGUGAAAUGGCAUUGAAAUAGCUAAGAAAAGCCAGUGAGAAACUGAAAUGGAUGUUUCUGCCUUGUUAAUCUUGUUGCACUAGUAAAGAAAAUUAGGUUACCUCAAAAGGAAAACAUGCAGAAAAGGCUUAUCAUUUGCAUACCUAUCUCCUGCCUUGAAUUAUGGGAAUACCCCCCCCCCCGGCAGGAUUGUGAUUGGGUCGUGUGUGGGCUGCUUGGGCUGGGUUCUGACCUGAUUCUUCUGUUGAGUUCCUGCUGCAGAAAAUGGGAUCAGAAUUCUAAUCCUGAAGCUUUCUGCUUCCUGCACUGCCAGCUGCUGUUUUAAAAAAAUAACAAGUCAUUGUGUCCUUUGUGCUUUAAGUAGCCCUUUCUUUUUCUUAAGCAAUCUCUGCUUCUGAAUCUCAGGGCAGCCCAGACCCUCCAGACACGCUGCCCAGGCUUGCACCCUGGGGAAGUCAGUUUGGUGCUGCUAACACAGCAAAAACAACACAGGAGGCAGCAGCUACGAGUGAUAAGCUCCACCUGAUUGGCAUAAGGUACAAGUACUACAGGCUGCCUCCAUUGGUGGGAGAGAUCAUUGUUUCUCAUGGGUCAGCUGUGCCUAUCUUAAGCUAGGCAGCCCCCCAGUCAAUAAGUGCUGGUGAGUUGGAGCAUGGCUUUAGCCCCAGUGAUUUUGAUACUUCCAAGCCCCUAAGAGAACCCUUUCCACAUAAACUUGUUCACUCAGGAACCCUUGCACAUUGCAGACAGUUCUGUGGCACACAACUCCGUUCCGGAGUGGCUUGUUUCAGGUCUCUUACGCUUUGCCGCUCUUCUGCUUGUAUUGAGAUAUGAUUGUUUGCAGCAUGGUAAGAUUGGUAGUUGCAGGCAAAGGGUCCUUCAGGAAAAUUUAUUGAGCACUGCUGAUCUUAAUCUUAAUCUGUGAGGCACCCCGGGUUCCCUGGAAUACAGCUUGGAAAUGACUAGCUUAACCCACCCACAUUUAAAGACACUCAACAGAAAAAGAAAAGUAGUGUAAAGGAUCAUGAAGUAUAAUCUUUGCACCACAGAAGACGGACCACAACUCAGUGGCAAAGCAUUUACUUUGUGUGGGGAAGGUCCCAGGUCCAAUCUCUGGCAUCUAGGUAGACUGGGAGAGAAACCUGUCUCAAAAUCCUGGCAAGAGCUGUUCCCUUGCUCCGUGUAGACCAGGAGUCGGCAAACUAUGGCCCAGGGGCCGGAUGCGUCCCCCCAGGCUCAUAAAUCUGGCCCAUGGACCCUGCCGCCUGCUCGGUCAGUCCCCGCACACUGUGGAUGCCUCGCCGCUCAGGGACUGACUUCCGCGACGCUGGCGUGGCUUCUGGGUGGGCGGCAACGCUGCUGCGGCUUUGGAUUGGCUGCAGGAAGUUCCUGCAAGCAGUCUGAAGCCUCGCCACAUGCUGAGGUAAACCCAGCGCAGCCAUGGACGAAGUGGGCGGGGGGCGGGUCUGGGCCAUGCCAUGGGCAUCGUGAUGGGCGUGUCGUGGGGCUUCAGCCGGAGCCUGGCGCGCCUCCUGGCCCCACGCCUGGCGCCUGGCUCGGCGCUGCUGCUGGUGGCGUGCUCGGCUGCGCUGGAGCAGUUGGAGGGUGAGCUGUGCGCCUCCUGGCCGGCCCUUCACAUUCACAGCCUGCCUGCUGACCUGGCCUCAGACGGCGGGCCGCAGUGCGUGGUGCACGCCACGUGGAAGCUCCGCGGGGACGGGCCAAUGGAGCAGCUGCUGCUUGUCAACAACGCCGGUGAGCGGGCACUGCCAAGACGCGCUCCUGAGCGCGUGCAGAGUGCAUUCCUCCUCCAGGUCCAGAGGCAGCUGCAGGACCAGCUUGCAGGGCAUUUAUAUUAAUCAAAAAUAGUCCGGUCCCCCAAAGGUUCUGAGGGACAGUGGACCGGCCCCCUGAUGAAAAAGUUUGCUGACCCCUGGUGUAGACAGUGCUGAUUGUGAUAGGCCAAGGAAUCUGACUCCGUAUAAGGCAGUUUCCUAUGUCGUUAUCUUAUGUUAGAUUGUUUUAUCCUAAUAGCAAGGAUUGAUGUAACAGAUGAACCUAGAAACUGUGUCCUUAUUUUUAUAUUUGGAAGUGGUGUGUGGAUGCUGCUGCAGCAGAACAUACCAGACUUCCUUUUGGGUGAGUUUAAUUUUUCUAAUAUUAUAUCACAUCCUCCUCCUAACAUUUUAGCCUGACAAAAAAUCCAGGUGCUCCUUUUAACACACUGAAUGGACAGAUAACCCAUAAUAUGGUAUUAAGGGAGCAAGGUGCUUCCUGGGAGUUCAGUGCACAUCCACAGGGAAUCAGGAAUAAAUACCCUGAUGGCCAAAGUGCAAUGCAGGACCUUAGAAUGCAAGAAGGAAAAGGCCUGCAGGCACUGGGAUGAUGUGGCAAAGUAAUGCUUUCCUUUGCCAAGCUGAUCUGUAAUUUGGAUUGUCCAAAUCAUCAUUCAAAGCGAAAUACAGAUUUUGAGUUUUUCGUUUAUCUCUGGCCCUGUGUAAACAUCUCCCUUUUCAGAGGCAAAGCAGGAUUUUUGCUCCUGUAGUGGCUUUUCCUGUAAGUGUUCCCUAGCAGGAUGUAUUUCCUCUUGCAUAAGCAGGUUGAAACUCCUCCAAGCUUCAGAAGUACAUCUGCUUUCCUCUUUAGACAGUUCUUAAAAACGGGGAAAUGUGCCAACUUUCAAUCCAUUUUUGUGACAAAUGAAAACAACACUACAACCUAUAUGUUCAGAUUAGACAGUCCUCCAAGCCAUAAUUUGGAGGACCAAGAGAAUGCUGCAGGCCUGCAUGCGCUCCCCUCUGCUCUCAUGCACGGCCGCCUUCCUCCAUUUCCAGGUUGCCGCGAUGUCUGAAUUGGGCAAACUGUGAUUAGCUUUAAUCUCCAAAUCAUGGUUUUCAAACCCACUUUAAAUAAUGGUAUGGAGGCUAUUUGAAAGAAGAGUUUGGUUAGUACAAUCCAAAAGGAGUGGUUUCCAUGGCACAUUCCUGAUCCUCCAAACCAUGGUGAAAUACCUGAACUCUGGGCCUCCUGCCAGCAAAAGAUAAAAGAGAAUUAAAGUGAGUUUCAUGUGAAUGUAAAACCUGCUUUGGUUGGAAAGCUGAUUGUCAAGCUAGGAAUGGUUAGGAAUGAUGGGAGUUGAAGUGGAACAGAAGGAGAGGUAAAGAACCUUUUUACUCCUUUCCUCCCACAAUUACCUCUCAAGGUAGGCUGGUCGUAGGUUUCCACCACACCACCUUAGCACCUUCUACCCCCUGACAGGAGAGAUUAGUAGUGGUUCAAGGCAGGUAUCCAGUAGGGGAGACAGAGAGAGCACCUAGCCUACCUGCCGCACUCUGGGGAUAGCCAGUUUUUUUAAAGAAUUUUAAAAGGUAAGAGGCAGAACGUUGCAUCAGGAAAACAACAAUAACAAAACCUUUUAGUUCAAAUGCGGGUGGUGCUGUGGUCUAAACCACAGAGCCUAGAGCUUGUUGAUCAGAAGGUCGACGGUUCGAAUCCCCGCGACAGGGUGAGCUCCCAUUGUUUGCUCCCAGCUCCUGCCCACCUAGCAGUUCAAAAGCACGUCAAAGUGCAAAUAGAUAAAUAGGUACCUCUCCAGCGGAAGGUAAACGGCGUUUCCGUGUGCUGCUGUGGUUCACCAGAAGCGGUUUAGUCAUGCUGGGCACAUGACCCAGAAGCUGUCUGCGGAUGUAGGCUCCCUCGGCCUAUAGAGCGAGAUGAGCGUGCAACCCCAGAGUCGUCUGCGACUGGAUCUAACGGUCAGGGGUACCUUUACCUUUACCUUUAGCUAUUCUAAUAGUUCUACUUACAAAGAGUCUUCUGAUCUCCUGUUUUGGGGACCCAGGUGGGACUUUAUUGACAAUUGGCUGUUUCCUGACAAUCACAAGCUGUGGGUCAGUUCAUCAGGUCAAAGUCUGACAUCCUUUGGAAGUUGAGGAGAUGUCUAUCACAGUGUUAACUUGCAACCAGAUGUGAAUUCAGGGAGGGAAUUGAUUUCUCAGCUAAGGCAGAAUGAAGAAUAAGGAUUUAGGAUCAUUCAGUGCCUACUGUUGUGAAAGGGGAUCACAACUUGUGUGGAUGCUCCCUGAUAAAGAAUUUUGUGUCUUAUUGCCCCAGCAAAUGGUGCAAUGAAAAGUGUUUGCUUUGUAUCUCUUUUUAGUUUAUGCUAUAUAAAAUGCAGUAUUUAUGAACAAAAGCACUUGGAAUUCCUUUCAUCUUCUUACUGAAUAUAGUUAAGGAAACAUUAGCCAGCUUGUGGACUAGUGUUGUUAUUUGCCAGGGACAAAACUCCUUGUUCCAAAUAGGAAGUGCCUUUACAAUUUCUCCCAUCUGCUUCCUCCUCUCCCUUUUCUCUCAAUACCCCACCCUCUGUAGCCCAUGGAACCAUUGCAUCUUGAUAACUAUGAACCAGCCUUGAUGCCAGUGGCACUUGGGAAGUCAGCUGGCUCUUCACACACCCCUCCCUCUGUCAUAAUGGGGGAGGGCAUAUGUUUCGCAACAUGAAAAACCUAAUUAGGUUAGAAAAAUUGUCUUCAGGGCUUAAAAUGGAGGCAGCAAAACCCCUCUUGCUUUCAGACACUAGGUAACCUUUGUUUAAUUUUUCAUCUGAACUUUAUUGGAUGCAUUUCAGGGGAUCCAUCAUUUGUUCUUCUCAUAACUGGAAUCUGCAUGUUUCUUCUGUCUGCUGCUCUGUACUUCUCAUACACCUCCUUUGUUUUGAAAGGGAGCCAAAUCAACAUGACUGUGAUUCAGAGCCAAGAAUCGCUCCCUUGGCUAUGGAAAGGAAGGCUUGUAGAGGCUGUUGAGCAUGUGUGUGUUCAUCUUGCACAGUUUCUGUUGAGCGUGCUGUGGCUUCAUAACAGGAAAACCAAGGGAGAAAAGGGUGUGUAGGGGUGUGUGUGUGUGUGUGUGUGUGUGUGUGUAAAGGAAAAUAGUCAUUUUGUAAAUUUUCUCCCCAUUAUUAGAAAUGACACUUCCUCAGCUAUUUUAAGAUUACUAGGGGUUUUUUGGGAGGGGGGCGGGUGGAAACAUGGGCAGGUGGCAUUUAAUCAAUUGAAAAAUUGUAGUCUGACAUAUUCACAUAUAAGAAGGUUGUACCUACAACUAAAAAGGUCAUGUAUGAAUGUGUGAUUUUUGAAAGGUCCUUUUUGAGGUAAGAUGAUAUAGCCUUCUUACCCAGGGCAUUAGUACACCUUGGUUUUCCUAUUUACUGAGGUAUUAGAGAUUCUGGCCAACUUUCGCUCACUUCCUCCUUGUGCAGUGACUGUAAAUAUAGUUUUGGUGUGCAGGUUUAGCGUUGCUUGCGUGAGACAGCUUCAUUUCUGACUUGCUUGUUGUAAAACAUCAGAUUUAUAUAGCUUUUGGCAAGCCUUGUGGGAGGAAAUCUAACCAGUGGAUGUUCUUUCAAAGCUGUUAUGAAAAUGUACUGGCCCAAGUACAGGUCUUGCCUUGCCUAUCUUAUCAUGAUGACAAAAUGCCUGCAUAAAUGAGUCACCACAAACCAGGCAGCCAGAGCAAGAAGGGUGUUCCUGCAAGGGCGCAGUAUCUGUCAAGUGAGUGUGUAGCUGAGUGGGAAGUAGGAGAGCCAUUGUGCUUUGCCAUUGCAACACCACAGGGCUGGAUAGCGCUGUUUCCAUUUCUCAUCCUUUAUUCCACUGGUUGAGUAGCUUGGAGAGCAUAGACUAGGAUUCUUCCUAGAUUUUAAUUUGGGAGAGAUGGCUCAAAAGUCUGUCUUUUCAAUAUGACUUUUUGGUUAUUCUGAUUGUUCAGAUAAAAUAUAAUGGAUAGAAUUCUACAGGAUGUGUUGCUAGUGUGUGAAAACAGUCAAGAUCCAAAGAUCUCCAGGCAUGCAUCUCCAGAUGGUAGAGGUGUCAGACACCAUCCCGGCACCCAGGCAUCUUCACUUGGUAGCAAGUGGCCGAUAUCCAGGUGCAAAAUGCGCCUGACAAAUUUCGAACACGGGAGGCAAGUUGCGUCCCAAGAUGAAUUUUUCAACAUUGAGCCAUGGGAGAAAUGAACUAAAGACUUGUCUGUUAGUCAGCAGCAAAUCUGAUUGUUUUCAGCAGUGUCUAUGCUUCUGACUACUAGACAUGUGUGGGAUUCUACUAUUAGCCUCCCACAUACCUUUAAAUGAGAGAGUCCCAAGUACGGUAAAUGAUUCUGAAUGAAUUAUAGAUGUUAGUAAUCAUCAGCCCAAGACCAUAGAAAGGAUCUAAUCUGAGCAUAUAUCUACAGUGCAAAGUUCUAUUGGUUUUAAACUGGUUUGACUACCAUGGCUCCCUUUGUUCCUUCUCCAGAGAGUUGUGGGAAUUGUGAGUGUUGAGUCACCGUGUUGAGAAUUCUGCUUGUGAUGUCUGGCCCCCUCCCACACAACAUGCUAACAUUCAGUUGGUAGUGGGAAUAACUGUUAUUCCUCUAAAUGCCUCUUCAAAACCCACCUUUUCCAAAGAGACUUCGACAGAACCCCUUCUUUAAUUGGCUUACUAAUCAAAUUUAUAUCUCACCCUCCCAAAGGCACCUAGUGUAACAAACAAGUGAUAAAACAAUUUUCUAAAAAAUCCAAGUCCAGUUCAGAUACAGGCCGAGAAAGAUUUCAGUUUAAAGGUUUGUUGAAAGAGGAAGGUCUUUCAAGGGAAGGGAAUUCCAAAAGGGCAUUGUGUGGAACCUCCUGCUAAGGUGGUGUCUGCAAGGAGGCCCUCACUUGCAGAGUGCAGUGACACCUCAUAUCCCACAGCAACCAAGCAUAAGUAGGUGCAACUGAAAUAAAUGCCUGUUCUUCCCCAGUUUGUCCCCUCUCUUCACUUUCUUGCCUCCUUUACAGUAUUGGUUGCUUAAAGCAGGGACAUCUACUCUUCACACUUUGCAAAGCUCGGUGCAUGAAGAGGAGAGGUCUGUGCUGUUAAUGUGCCCAUUGAUUUUUUGCCUUAUGACAGGAUGGUCUGAACUUCAGACAUGCAUCCCUAAGCAGUGUUUGAAAUUCGCCAGGUGCGUUUUGCAACUGGCGUUUUGCAGGCCCAAUUGCCACCACAUGGAGAUCUCUGUAUGCCAGGUUAGCAACUGACAUCUCUAUCUGGCCGACUCCUCCAGCCUUCUUAAGCAGGUGAGCAGAAGUGUUUAUUUAUUGCAUUUAUGUCCCACUUUUUUGUCCAUGGUUCACUCCCCUUCUCAAUUAACCCCUCCAGCAACCCAUUGAUUGAGGUAGGUUAAGAGGCUGUGGCUGGCCCAAGGUCACCAAGGGAGCUUCAUGACUUGAGUGGGGAUUUGAACCCUCAUCUUCCAGGUCAUAAUCUGACACACUAACCACUACACCCCAUUGGCUUCCUAGAGUAUUUCUGCUGUAGUAUGAGCUAAAUUAAGCGGGUAAAUAAGUAUGGGGAAAGCAAAAUGUUACUUGGAGAAGGAUCUGAAAUACUUUCCUUGAAGAUUGAAUUUGUUUUGUUCUGAAUUGUUUUAUUUGAUGUUUUCAUGUGUUAUAAACCACUUUAAGAUUUUUUCUUUAAAAUAUAAAGUGGUAUAGAAAUUAAAUUAAUAACAACAACAACACAUUUCAUUGGGUGGGGGGUGAGAAUGGCACUUAGACAUUCAAUUGUGGCUACAUAACCUUGGUUUCAGGUGCCUUUUGGCAAUUAGGUUAUGUAUCUGAGUUUCUAACACCGUUAAGAAAUACUUGACAGUGACUGAAUUUACAUAUUUACAUAGAUGGUUUGCUGUGAACAUGCAGAUGGUUCCCACUUUGUUGCUCCUUUCAUAGGAACAACAAGCCAGGGUCCCUGGCCUAGCGUUACAUUCGAACCAAGAACAAGGGUUUGUUUUGCUCCAGAUAGCAACCCAAAGCUUGCUUUUGGCUUAUCAGUCAUGGUUUGUGAUUUGUUGCUCCCGUUAGCGGAGGAGCCAUCUGCACACUGAAGGCAGACUCUUCACCCUGGUUUAUUGUGAUGGCCAGUCUGUCUUUCUGAAAACCUCCAAGGAAAGCAAUUCCGAAGACUCGGUGUUUCAUUACUCUUAUUUAAACCAUAACAAGGUGAUGCCUGAGGAAGAAAAUGUCAGGCACAUAAACACAGAUAUUGAAUGCAGUAGUUGGUUCCUGGUUUGCCAUCGUUUCCCCCCCACAAGUAGUUUUGCUGUUGAUAAAAGGUUUUUUGUGUGUGUGCUAAUGAGCCAUCUGCUCUGCUGUUUGUAAAAGUAUAAAAUUCCCACUAAUGUAAUUUUUUAAAAAACAUGUCACCACGGAGUUGCCUAAGACUCUUGGAUUAAGAUAGAUGGAAUCUUUCACCUUUGGAUCGCUGUCUUGAACUCCAUUCAGGUCACUACUAAAUGUUUGUCCUUACAAUUUGGCAGCUGUUUGGUCUGUGUGGAACCAGCUGGUAGCCUGUUCCCAGGUGGACCAACUGUACCUGAGACACACUCCAUGAUUGGCUCCUUGUUACCAGUCUCUGCAGAAAGGGUUGGGCAGUCCUCCUCCUAGCCCUAGGACAGGGCUUUAGUAAGUUUCAGGUGCUUUGGAGAAUUGCCUCCGUUGUAGUUGGCCUGGUAGCUUUAACAAGUUUUAUUGUUUCAGGGUUAAUGUUACAGUCUCUGUGUGUAGUAUCAACACGCUGCGUAUAAAGAUGUCUGACUUGGAACAAAGCAAGCUAUAAGGCAGAGCACCUCUCAGAAACCUGGGUGCUUCAGAAAUCGUGGCUGCAUUUUUAGAACACUAACAAAAAUGUUGAGAUUUUGCUGGAAGCUGAUAGAACUCUAAAGCAUUUUCUCUUGUUUAUAAUGCAGCGUGCACUACAGAUGAGCUUUUGCAAUUUAGUAUUUCUAUGUUUUGCUUAGUUGAUUCACAUUCUUAACUGUAGAUGUACAGGCCAUUAACUUCACUCACAAAUUUACCAAAAACAGAUUACCGUAUUUUUUGCCCUAUAGGACGCACUUUUUCCCCUCCAAAAAUGAAGGGGAAAUGUGUGUGCGUCCUAUGGGGCGAAUGCAGGCUUCGCACACCUCUCCGCAAGCAGCGGGAGCCCAGCGCUGGGCUCCCGCUGCUUGCGGAGAGUUGCCUGCAUGCUGAAGCCUGCGCUCGCUGAGCUCAGCGCGUCUAGGCUUCGCGGACCUCUCUGCAAGCAGCGGGAGCCAGCGCUGGGCUCCCACGGCUUGCAGAGAGCUGCCUGUUUGGGGGCUGGGGUCGGGGGAAGCUCGGGCUUCCCCCGCCCCAGCCCCGCGCCUGGGGGGGAAAUAAUUUUUUUCCCUUUAUUUCCCCCCCCCAAAAAAAACUAGGUGCGCCUUAUGGGACGGUGCGUUCUAUAGGGUGAAAAAUACGGUAUCUUUGUUUAGGUUCAAUCACACAAGCAAUUAAGGGGUUUUUUGUGUUUUUUUUAAAAAUGGGGAUCUGUGUGUGUCAAGAACACUUCCCUAAUCCUUAUUUUCAGGCAGAUUUGUGUGUAAUGGCCCACACCUUACGUGGCGUGGGAGGAGGCAGCAUUUGAUUUGAUGGUUUGGUAACCAGAGGUUUCUGUCAAGGACCUUGCGCUUAAGCACUUUUUUAGUUCUUGCUUGGAAUUUUGUGAAAUCCUAAUCAGGGGGAAGAUGUUCCCAGUAGUUUUCAGCAGGGCUGGUGCUGAGGUCAUUUGACAUGUCAAAUAGUAUGACCGGUUGUUUGUCGGUGGUCAGAUAUUCUAUGUAGCCACAAUGCCAUGGCUAAUCAGAGAACCUUACCUAACAUUGAGUUAAAAUAAUUCAGUUAAAUGUUUUGCUUCUGUUGCAUCACAAUAAGUUAGCUAAUUUAUAAUUGUAAUUAGCAUAAGUAUCAUACCUGCUGAUAAUUCUAUUUUUAUUGUUCUGAUAAAGAUAAAGCUUUUUAUGUACUCAACCAACACUGGACAAUAUUUGAUGAGACAAUUGAUCAUGGUUUGUUUUGCAUGGAGUUGGUUUGUUUGUUGGUCUGGUCAAAUGUCCAAAUGUAGUCUUAGGUGGUGACUUUGGAGAGUAUCGUUUUUGGCAGCGUUCUUGAUUCUUAUGAGAUUGUUGCCAGUCAUGUUGACUAAAUUGGAUGUCCUCCCCCACAUGCAAUCAUGGAUAUUUGUUCUUUCCUUCUUCUGAGUUUUGGCAUAUUUCUAGUGUUACUGCAAUGUUUUUGGGAAAGGUUCCUAUUCUGAAACAUAAUGAAGACAAAGGAAGGGUGCAAGCAUCAAUGUGCUUACUCCACAGUAGCCCUGUUAAGCUUGGGUGUGUACUCAGUAAAUUUAUAUUCUGCUUGAAUAGCUGAAUAAUAGGCUCCCAAUUACAACAAACCAUUCAAUAAACUACAGUGAACUCAGAGAACCAAACAACAGUAUUUAAACAAAAUAGUUGAUCUGGAUUAUGAGUUAGCUGGCACUGUUCCAGAGCUCAAAAUUAGGUAUUUGGAAGCACAGAAUUGUGGAGUUGGAAGGGAUCCCAAGGGUCAUCCGUCCAACCUGCUGUGAUGCAGGAAUCUCAACACACGGUCCUCCAUCCAAUUUGAAACCAUACCAAACCAUUGCAAAUUAUCUUGUCAGUGGAGCAAAGGAGUUACCUCGGCUGUUCCAGGGUCCUUCCAGACGGGUGUUUAUUGGUGCUCCUCAUGUGUGCAAGGCGUUGUUUUUUCUCUGUCCACACAAUGUCAACAUUUCAGUAUGUAUAUUUUCCCUACUUAAUCCAGAAAGGGAUAAUCUGAUGUAUUUUUAUUUUUUAAAAAAUGUUGCCAACAACCCAAUUGCGAUAUUAAACCUUCAUCUGGAAGCACCCUAACUGGAGGAAUCAGAGAAACAGUAACCCAUGCUGAAUUUUCUUCUUCUGCAGAAACAAUGAGACGAGUGGUACGACAGAGCAAGUUUCGGCACGUCUUUGGUCAAGCAGUGAAAAACGACCAGUGUUACGAUGACAUUAGAGUUUCUCGGGUGACGUGGGACAGUUCUUUUUGUGCAGUAAAUCCCAACUUCGUUGCAAUAAUAAUAGAGGCUAGCGGUGGCGGUGCAUUCCUGGUUCUUCCUCUACACAAGGUAAGUGGUAUUUUAAACAAUAGUUUAAACGUGGUCCUGUAGCUUACUCUGCCCAGUUAUUACAAUAUUUUAUUUUUCCUUCAGAAUACGAAAAGUCCAGUAGAUAGAAACAUAGGUCACGUGACUGCUAGAAUUUGGUGUUGUUGGCAACGCAUUCAUUAUAGUCAUUUUGUAUCUUAACAAGCACCAGUCUAAUUCAGGAGAAGAACAAGUAGCUUGCUAGCUUAGAGGCCUCUCUCUCUCUCCAAACUAACAGCUCCCAUCCUUGGCACAUUGUAUUUGAAAUUGCUUUAAUUCUUUUUUUAAAUAGAAAUGUGACGACAUACAAAAUGGAAAAACUGCUUCCACAGUUAUAAAGCGAACGUGUGUGUAGGAGUGGGACCCUGCUAGCAGGCUCCACCUACUGACUUAUUGCAAGUUCAGAUGGUUGAAUGAACAUAAUAGAAACAUCAGGAGCUUCCUUAUACUGAGUUGGACCAUUGGUUUAUCUAACUUUCUUUUGUUUACACUGACAGUGUGUUGUCCAGGGUUCAGGCAGGGCUUCUCCCACCGUAUGGGGAGCUGCUGGGGAUUGAACACAUCAUCCGCCACUGAGCUGCGGUCAUUUGGAAUGUCCAUACAUAGACUUUGCAGUCAGGGAUCUUGCUUCUUGUAUGUAGACUCAGAAUUCAGAACCUGGGCUAAAAUGAAUUAGUAUUUUUGUAGGGGGCUAGGAGGCCAAAGGCCCUGAUGGUUUAUUUUGAAUAUUUGUGUUCUGCCUUCUGGUUGACUUAUUUUCAGGGCAACUUACCACAGAUUUCAAAAAAGCCCUGUCCCAGCGCAGCUGAUAGUUGGAUCAAUGUGGCCUUUUUAGGCAGGAAAACAGUCUCCCCACAGCUGCUCAUUCCCUGACCAAUGGGAUGAGACUGAUCUGCCCCUUGACAUGAUGAUCUUCCUGGGAGGCAGGGAGCACAACCUCCUAUGGCCCUUGUUCCUCUGAACCCAGUAUGUGUGUUUGCUUCCCUUCAGUUCUGCAGUCUCAGGUAAGUCAAGGACUGCAAUAAAAUGUUGCAGCAUGAAGUACUAUUUGGUCACUCUUUAUGUUUCCUAGCAACAUUCAACAUUUUGUUCCCACUGAACAUACUCAGUCCUCAUUGGAUUGUUUUUGGGUCUCUUCCGUUAGGGUUUUUCCUGUAGGGUUUUUUUUGGGGGGGGGUACUUUCACAAACCUUGAGGGUUCUCCCAAGCAUGUUGAUGUAUCUCUGUUGUGCAUGGACAUUGUUGCUUUGGUUGCAGACCCUUGCAGACUGAAAAUUUGAAACAGAAGGAAUAGUUGAUAAUUCAGGGUAUCUGUUAGAUAAGCUAAGUACCAGAGGGUUUUCAGUAUAAUAAAAAACUAACCCAGAACCUGUAUGAAUAUUGUGAAAUCCCAUUCCUGUGCAGUUCUGUUAGAUUUCCUUACUUGUGAUAAGUGAAGCUGUCAAACAGCACUUAAUAUGCCUUCCUUGCAGCAAGGGCUUGCUUGCACUGCGCCUCAGAAGAGACAAUAGAAUUUCAAGCACCCCUAGUCUUCUUGAAUUUAUCUGUUCCAGUCUCAGCCGGACAGGCUUCCUUCCUUCCUCUGUGUGGAUACUCUUAAAGCCACAUGUGUUUUAAUGUUGAAGCCCUGCUGGUCUUUAGAUGGCUGUUGCUGUCUGAAGCAGAUAUGGUGCCUUUCAGUGGCAUUCAAAGGGUCUGUUAAGGCCAUGUGAGAUUUUGGGGAGCUGCUUUGUGGAGAACCUACCUCCCAACAGGCUGCUGCCUCCCAGCAGGGCGGGCACAGGCCUCCCUGUAACAUUUCUUGCAUGAACUGGGCUGGGGAGAGCCAGCCGUGCCAGCAGCAUCCGGCAACUGUCCUCUUCUUCCAGCCUCAUUCUGUAGCCUCUCUUUUUCUUCCUAUGAAAGCUUUUGCCAUAUUCUUCUAGCAGGAAUAAUAGCUAUGAUCAGAGUCCUGGUGUAGAAGCCGCCACAAUUUACUGUGUGGGUGUUUUCUUAUGUGCUUUGUGGCCCUGAUGCUGGCAGGGCAGACGAGUGCCUAACUCUCAUUUGGGGGGGGGGGCAGAGAGAGAGAGAGAUGGAGGAAGCCGAGCUGCCUGCUCUUUGCAUCUCUCUCUCUCUCUCUCUCUCUCUCUGCAGCCCUGCCUCCUCCUGCAGCAGCAGCAGCAUUUCCACAGCUGUCAGUGCAGGGCUCGACAGUGGUUUUUACCAUAUAUGGCCAUUACAGCUCUUUGGGUUGGGAGGCAGGCUGAAUAAUUUCCACCCUUUGCUUUGAUUGGCCACUGUGAGCCUGGAAGAAGGAUGGGAUAGGAGCUCUUCUGCAAAAAAGGGAGAAGCAGCUUUGAGUCAAGUGGAAAGGGCGGCUUAACUCUUUGCUGCCGGGUUUUUGUAUCGCUCGUGCAUGUGCCAGCGGAAUUCUACCUGGCAGCUUCUCUCUCUCUCGAUUUCUGAGUGUGCAAGUGAGUGGGAGGUUUAAAUAAUUCUCGUACGGUUACCUGGGGAGACAUACCAUGUGCAGUUCUUGACAGCCCUGGCUGUAAUGUGCUAUGCAUGGAAUUAAAAAGCAGGGGGGAAACCAGUGCUGUUAAAGCACCUCUUCCCUUUACGGCAAGGAAGGGGAAGGAUGUGCCAAAUGCCUGGGAUGGCAGAAAGUGCAGCAGUUUGGCUUCACAUGAUCAAUAAAUUGCUUUUUUAUUGCAGAGUACUUGAGAAGUCUGCACUUUUAUUUUUAAAAAGCAACCUUAGGUUAAAAAGUGAAUAUGAGGAAGUAGAUCUUCAAGCAUUGCUCAGAGCCCCCUCUUUCCCGCAGGGAAUCAGAAUUCAGGUGUAGGAGGUAAAGGACCCCUGGAUGGUUAAGUUCAGUCAAAGGUGACUCUGGGGUUGCGGCGCUCACCUCGCUUUUAGGCCUAGGGAGCCAGCGUUUGUCCAUAGACAGCUUUCCGAGUCAUGUGGCCAGCAUGACUAAACCGCUUCUGGCGCAGGGGAACACCGUGACGGAAGCCAGAGCAGCGCACGGAAACGCCAUUUCCCUUCCCACUGCAGCGGUACCUAUUUAACUACUUGCACUUUGACGUGCUUUAGAACUGCUAGGUUGGCAGGAGCUGGGACAGAGCAACGGGAGCUCACCCCAUUGCGUGGAUUCGAACCUCCAACCUUCUGAUCAGCAAGCCCAAGAGGCUCAGUGGUUUAGACCACAGCACCACUCGCAUGAUAUUUGUGGAGACUUGAAGCCCGUGGCUACUGUAUCUAGGCACCAGCAAAAGCCAGACUGCAACCUGAAGUGGGAUUGUGCGUGCCUGAGAGCAGCCCUGUUCUCCUGCUCCCUGCUUUCUCCUUGGCAGAGGGCAGUGAGUGGCCCUGCUGAGACCAGACAUGUGGCAGUGUGAGCUGGGCUUUCAGCAGAGUGGGGCUCUUCAUCAGAUGAACCUUCUUCAUUUUGGCCAUGAUCUUUUACGAACAAGAUGAAACUUUGGGAGAGGGUGGUGCUGUGUAAUUCCUUGGGAAUAUUUGGCAGCUUGAGUUAAAGGCUUUAACUAAUUUUCCUGUUAAGCCAGAUGUUGUGAAUAAAACUGGGAAGUUCCUUGUGUUUUUCCUUUCAGCCACGCAGUCUUUUCUUUAAGGGACCAACUUCUUUUAGUGAGUGUGUGUAACGGCAAUCAUUUGGAGCUCUCGUUCGGCAAUGAUGCUGGAAAAGGUGUCAGAGGCAGAUUGAAAAGCAGAAGUACUUUAUGUCUGGAGUUCUAGUUCAGAGAAAUAGCAGCUGAAGUUUUUGGACCACAUCACUUCAGAUUGUUUAAAGAUAUUUCUACAGAAGAUAAUUUCCUUCACUAAGGAUGUCAGAAGAGUGUUUAAAUUUCUGUGUUGGGGGAGCUGGUUUGCAUGGGGAAGCAUUCAGCAUGUAGGAGCUGUUAUCUGCAUGCUGCCAUGGUAUGUCCUGCUUGUAGGCAGGAUCUGCAUGGCCGCUGUUAGAACAGCAAGCGAGAGUAGAGAGCCCCCAGCAACUGGGGUUCUGUGGCUUCUGCUGAACAUCAGUGGCUGAAAUCAGUUCCUGGGGAGCAACAAGUUGGCUGUUGCCUUCACAUAUUUUUUUGAGGGCUUCGCAGAAGCACCAGGAUGGCCAGUGACAGAAGCAGUGUCCUGGACUAGUUGGGCUUUUUGGUUUGAUCCAGCAGGGCUUUUCUUAUGUUUAAGGCCUAAUUCUCGAAGGAGCUAAACAUAUUUCUUGACUAAGAACAAUGAAAAAGAGCCCCAGAGGACCAGAAAUUCUGAAACUGACCACCCAGGUGGUUCUGAGAAGUCCACAACCAGCACAUGAAGGCAGCGGCCAUCCCAUUGUUGCCCCCAGCAACUAAUAUUCAGAGAAUUCAGUCUCUUUGGGGUCAUGAAGCUUGUGGAUACUCUUCUGGAGGAAAGUCCCUUCUGCUUCUGAAGCUGAUAGCAAAAAGGUUUUCCAUUAUAAAAAGCUUACAAGCUGUGGCCCUGCCCCUCAGAAUGGCCUGUGGGAGCUCUCUCUGCUGCUGUGCUGCUCCACUCAACAGCUGAUGGGCAGAAGGCCGUUCCUGGCAGUGGGCUCAUCUGUGCAGCUUCCCUGCCCUUUCUGGCGAGAUUGAGGGGAGGAGGAAGGGGGUCUGCGCUGCCCCUUAGAUUACCCUUGUGAUCUAUGCUUCUGAAUAGGUAAAACAGCUGUUUAGAGGGUGCUCCCCACAUGUGCAUUUCGCUUAUGCAUGUGGGGGCUUGGAAAGUGGGGAAGCUGCCUGUAUAAUCUAGGGCAGAUGGGCGGGACUUGGCCAGAAUGGUCUGGUGGUCUCCACCCCCUGCUGCAAGGAAUUUCAUGCAAUCCUUACCACUGAUUGCAAAACAUGUUCCUUUAAGGGGGGAAAUGGCAACUAAAAAACCUAAUGAUGCACUUACAUCCUUUAUUUCUGGCUUUUUUGUCUUUUUGUGAGAAUAUGGGAUAUUCUCUCCUCUUUGCAUGAAACUUAAUCUUGCUUCUCUCCUGCUGUGGUUUCUGUUGCCUCUUCUCAAAAGCUAGCAUUUUCACAGGAACAGUGUGCAAACCAUUGCAUGUGCAGAAUAAAAGCCCCCACCAUAUGUUGCACCCAUGGUUGGUCUUUCCUGCCCUUCAAUGUUCCUUCUGGGCAUUCGGUUGUGUCAUCUCUGAGGGAUAUGGUGUUUCAUCUUACUGCACAACUGAGAAAUCAAGAAACCUGCAGUUGCCGGGGAAUAUGCCUAUAGUUUGCAUCUGUAUAGUCUGUAUGAAACCUUGGGCCCUUCCCCUCAACCUUUCCUGUUCCUAAUUCCUCCAGGAAGAUCCCUUUUUGAACUUACUUGCAUGUGCUGACACCAGAAGCCUUCGCAGGCAUCCCUUGAGGCUCUUCCAGUGGCUGGGGUGGGGGAGAGGAGUGCUAACAGAAGUACAUUACUACUGUUUUCUUCUGUUGAGGGACUAUCAGCACUUUCACUCAUAAAACUUGCCUAUGAAAAUGUUGGUUUUAGUUUGAAACUUGGCGUGCAAAUCUGAAGCUUGGGAGCAAAAACCCUCCUCAUUUUUGGAAGCUGCACUAUUUGUUUUUCUGGGGAAAGACCAGAAUUAAGAAACGGCAUCUCUUGCUUGCUCCACGCAGCUGAACCUCUGCCAGCCAAAUAUGUCAUUCCUGUCCUGAGAGCAGUGAGGAAGAAACUGCAAGUGUUGGGUUACUGUAGAAGUUAAGGUCUGUGGACUUUGUGGCAUGGAGUGAGGCUGUGACUAAUAGGGCAAGCCACCAGCCAGUAAACGGGCAAGCCACCAACCUAGGAUUAUCACGUUUCUUGUUCUUUGCCUUCUCUUUUAUGCUCACAAGGAAUUUGAUGUGGAAGUGAAGCCUUCAAAAUUCAGCCCCAGCAUCUACUAAGUAGACAGUUUUGUGGCACAAGUUAAUUUAUCAGAAAUGAGUAGCAUCCCAUUCUUUUGUGAUUUCUCUAAAUUCAGCUCCUCCUCCUCAUGUUAAUAUAUACUUAAUAUAUAUUUGACUGAGGGCCUGUGUAGUGUAACUACAGAGGCAGUGUAACUAACAGAGCAGGGUGGUCCAACACACGGCCCGAGGGCCACAUGCGGCCCUUGAAGAAUUUUUUUGUGGCUCUCAGCCUCAUUUGCCCGCCCCCCCAUGUUGCCUUCCCAAAGCCUGGUAAGUGAGGUGCUGGCUUUGGGAAGGAGGCAUGAGGAUUCUGACAGGGUCCUAGAGUCCUCCUUCCCAAAACCUUGUUAGUACUUUCCCAGCUUACAUACAACACAAAAAGAAAUUGUACAAUGUUACUAUAAAAACAGGAUUUCAGCCAUAGUGGCCAGUCUUGUAGCUCAGGGCUUCACGGAUGACAGAGAGGAGGGCAUUCCUGAGGGCAGUCACAGUGGUUCAGAAGUAGUGACACAGAAAGGUAUUCUGCUGCUUCUGGUUUCUAAGGAAUGCAAGCUAGAUACAGUAGUACCUCAGUUUACGAACUUAAUCCAUUCCGGAAGUCCGUUCUUAAACCGAAACCAUUCUUAAACCAAGGCGUGCUUUCCCUGAUGAGGCCUCCCGCCACCGGUGCCCUUCCACCAUUCUUAGACCGAGGUAAAGUUCACAAACCAGGACACUACUUCCAGUUUAGUGGAGUUCGUAAACUGAAUUGUUCAUAAACGGGACUGUUCUUAAACUGAGGUACCACUGUACUCUUCUAGAUUUUGCCAUUCUCCUCCCCUCCCAAUACAGUAGGAGCAACAAACUGCUGUUCAGUACUUGAAAUGUGCCAAGUACUCAGUUUCUUCCUCUGGCAAGCAAGUUGGCAGUUUUGUUCUGUCUGUAUCUGUCACAGCUAAUUUUGUGGUGAAUUUCUGCGCAUUGCCAUAGAUCUUUCCAGGGCAGAUUUUCCAUAGAAACUACUGCAUUUUCAGGGCCCUUUGUUCUUGGACCUAGCACUUCUCUGUGUUCCGUUGUAAGCACAUGGCACUGAGCAAUGAAGUCAUUUGGCUGCUUGGUUUGUAGUCUUCCCAGUGGGUUGAGAUACCAGCCCUAUUACUACCUCUUAGCUAUUUGUAUGUUUGAAAAACUAUUUGAGUCGCACAGGCCUGGUGAGGCUCCUCAUGCUUUCUAAAAAAAAUCCUUGAGCCAUAAAUCAUUUGAGUCCUGAUAACAAAUCACGUAGCUUUAAAGCUUGUCUCUUGCUGACCAUGGCGGUCUCCAGCAAGAGUUUCUCCUGCACGACCUGCUUUGAGCUGAAUGGAAUGGGAGCAGGGAGGGGGGAGCCCACGGAGAGCCUUGUGUUACUUCCGUUUACUCCAGUAGGGCCUGUGUGCUGGAGGAGUUCCUGUUGAAUUGCAGCCUGUGGUCCAUGGAUCAGACUAAGGUAGUUUCCUGAGAAAAACAUGGCGACCCUUUGUUUCACACACUGUUUUUGUUUCUACCAUUUCAAGAUUUGGAUCCUGCAAAGCAAGGCCCACUUUCUAAGUGUGAUGGUUCUCUGCGAAAUGUAGAACUACAAACUGGAUAUUAUUGUUUACUAAAUUAUUAUUUAUUAAAGGUGUAAAAGGUGCUUUUCACAGCCAGUCCGUUGCUCUUCAAGACUUCCAAAGUACUUCUUUCAAAUGGAACUAUCUGUCAGAACCGCCCCCGAUUACUAUCAGCUCAACUCCAAACAGUGCUAAGUUAUGUGUCCUGGGUGGUUCUGCUCUGGGCAAGAUGUUUUUGAUUCCAAAACCCCAUAUUCACGUUUCAAUCAUUAAUUUUUCCACCUUGUUUCCCCACUCUUACAGUCCCAUAGGACUAUAAAGACACAAUUUAUAUGCACACCUUGCUUCUUACCCCCCACCCCACCCCACGUUAGCUCAUGAACAUCUUCAGUCUGCUACUGGUGCUGUGUAACAGGCUUAGGGGACUUUGAAUGAGUUUUGCUCAUCAUCUGAUAGCUGUUCAUGUUUCAACCACUUGCUUUGCUAGAACUUUCAGUUGCUAACUGAUGUUACCUGAAUGUAUUCUGUGAGUUUUGAUGGAAGGUACAAGCUUUGUGUCCCCAGAGCAACUUAAAUGGCUCUGUAGCAGGCUUUUGGUGAUGGUGGUGUUACUAUAUUCCCCGUUUCCUUAUCUUAACAAGGGUUAGUCAUGGAGAGCUUGGCCGGCUUGCUGGAUGACUGAUGGCCAUUUGUCAUGGUCUGCAUCAACUCUAUGGUCUUCAUUUAAGUCUAGCACCUGGGUAUAACCCAUCUAGUGUUGGUAGAUGUGGGUGCUCUAUAGAUGCAGCAGGUCUUGUUAAAUGAUGAGAGGUGGGACUGAGGUUUUGAACCUUGAGGUGGGAGUGAGUUGCUGCCAGGCCAUAGGAGAAACUGUUUCUCUAUGAAGGAGAGAGCUUUGUUUGCGUUUCAAACCCAUUCUUUGUGAUCCAGUUUUCUUCCCCCCUCUGCUCCAUUCUUUAGCAUACACAAAGCGGAAUGUGCAAGUUGGUGCCACUUCCUUAUUUCCAGCUGGGGCGAUAACAGACAUUCCUGAGGAAGUGACUUUCUACAUUCAGUUAUCUAAGAAGUAUAUUUCUGCGAUUAGCUGCCUCUUUCUAUGAGAAAGACAGGGUUAGUCAUGGUGGAAGACUGCACCAGUUUUCCUGCCCAUCCUAUCAGGACUUUUACACAGAAAUCUAUUUUGGCCUGUGUGACUUCAUUAAAUCGUCUUAUUUGGCAAACUUUAAGCCCUCUGGAAGGGUUUGUGUGAAAAGCUAGCUUAUUUAUUUUAUUUAUCAGCUAAAUUUCCAUACUGCUCUUCAUCCAAGGAUCACAGGGUGGUUUACAAUAUAAAAAGUCAAAAGUAUAUAACAUAGUAACAAACAAAUACCCCCCCCCCCAAAAAAUAGCCCAUAGAUUGUGUAAAUAGCCAAAGGCCUGAGAGAAAAGAAACAACAAAGGUAAUUGUACAGGAUGACCAAAGCAGUUUCUGUGCCAAAACUCAGCGUAAAGCCCAAUUGAAAUGGAUCUAGAAUAUCAGUUUCCUCCAAGAGCAUCUGGAUCUGUUCCAUGACCACCCACUCAAGAACCUUUCCCCAAAAAGGGAGAAUAGCAACUGGCUGGUAGUUAGUUAGAUUUUCAGAAUCUAGGGAAGGUUUCUUGAGUGGCUUUGUCACUGCCUCCUUCAAACAGGCAAGGACCACUCCUUUGCGUAAGGAGCAGUGAUCACCUACCUUCCUGGCCCAGCCAGAUAUCCCUUUCCUGCUAGUUUUCAUCACUCAGGCGGGGCGAAGGUCCAGAGCACGUGGCCACUCCAGCUGAUCCAGGCACCUUUUCUGCAUCCUCAGGCCUUACCAGCUGAAACUCAUCCAACACAACAGGACUAGACUGUGCCUGGACACCCCUCGAGAUUCAUCUGCUUUAACAGUGGAUUCAAGAUCCCAGCAGAUGCAAGCAAUUUUGUAGUCAAAAUGCUUUGCAAAAGAAGUCAGUUAAGGGUUGUUUUAAGCAUAAUAUCCCAUACAUCUACAGUGGUACCUUGGGUUACAUAUGCUUCAGGUUACAUACGCUUCAGGUUACAGACUCCACUAACCCAGAAAUAAUACCUUGGGUUAAGAACUUUGCUUCAGGAUGAGAACAGAAAUCGUGUUCCAGCGGCGCGGCGGCAGCAGGAGGCCCCAUUAGCUAAAGUGGUGCUUCAGGUUAACAGUUUCAGGUUGAGAACAGACCUCCGGAACGAAUUAAGUACUUUUUUUUUUAAUAUAAUUUUUAUUAACCGGCCAAUCAAAUCAAAUCAAAUCACAUCACAUAAAUUCUGAAUUACAAAGCCGAAUUUUAAAUUUUUGUUGAGCGGACCCAUAUUUCAAGUUUCAGAGGGGGAUUCCGAUCAUCUUCUUUCUACUGCGUUCAUAUCCAAAUCAGUCCAAAUAAAGUUCAUAAUUCUAUCCAGUCUUAUCUUGCUGUUUCCACAUCUCAUCUUAUUCGUACAUUUUUCCUUUUUCCUUUAUGCUCUCUUCUGAUAAUCUCCUUAAGCAGAUAAACACCAAUUAUAUCCUGUGUGGAUUUUUCCGUUCGACCAAUCCUCAUAUCGUGAUGGUUUCCAUAUAUCAUCACUUUCAUAAAUAACAUCACUCUUUCCAUCAUUAAUCUCAGGGUCUGUCGUUCUUAAGUCCCACUGAGGAGUCUCACCCACAGUAUAAAAACAGCUCUUUCCUCCUCCCAGACUCAAGUCCUCCGACAGAGCUUACCAAUAUGGCGACGGUAUUGUUAACUGCGUCAUUCCAGAGCUCUUAAACUUUCCACGCUUUUCUUAAAACAUGCUUUGGUUAGAAACUUUAUCUCCACACAGUCGUAAAUCCACAGCUUAAGUCAUUAAAGCGGCAUUUCUGACUUGUGUGUGUGGGGGGGGUUCUUGUUUAAUCACAUAGAGGAAAGAAAGAAAAGUUUUUUCCCCCCUUCCCCAUCCAGUCCCUUUGCCAUACCGAGUCUUGGCUGUCUUCUCAAAAUUGAUGCUUGUUCUUCCGACUCGUCUUGUUUAUCAGAGAACUCUUUAGUUAGCAGUCUUUACUCCCCCUCCUUCCUUCAAAUAUGCGCAUUCGCUUCUUCCUAAUUGUUCCUUUUGAAGUUCUUGCAGCUAGCGGCGCGGAUCAGAGGCAGCGUCCAGGAGCGCCGAAAUCCACAGGAGGGCAUUCUGCCUAGUGCCCCCAUCCCCUCAAAUUCGGGGGUGGUAUAGGGCACAGCAGGCAAGGGCAGCCCCCCCACAAUCCGGGGGGGGGGGGUAGGGAGGCUAUUUACUCCCAUCACAGCCUCCUAAUUACCCCCUGUGGGUCGGAGAGAUGUUAUUGUCAGCCAUCUUCCGAUGCGCCCCUAGUGGCCCCCCGGAACGAAUUAAGUACUUAACCCGAGGUACCACUGUAAUUGCUAGGAAUUGUUCUGUGCUACAGCUGCUCAUUUGUUUUUAUCUUAGUUUUAUCAACAUCCAUAAUGAUUGCUCUAAAGUGACCAGCCUACUUUUAGGCACUUAAUUUUUUUUAAGUGCCAGUGUGGUGUAGAGAGCCAGUGUGGUGUAGUGGUUAAGAGCGGUAGUCUCGUAAUCUGGGGAACCGGGUUCGUGUCUCCGCUCCUCCACAUGCAGCUGCUGGGUGACCUUGGGCCAGUCAUACUUCUUUGAAGUCUCUCAGCCCCACUCACCUCACAGAGUGUUUGUUGUGGGGGAGGAAGGGAAAGGAGAAUGGUAGCCGCUUUGAGACUCCUUAAAGGGAGUGAAAGGUGGGAUAUCAAAUCCAAACUCCUCUUCUUCUUCUUCUUCUUUGUGGCAUUUAACAUUAAAAACAAAACAAAACACUGUCAUGAUGCAUAUUGCAGAAAGUAGUACUAACAUACUGUACAUGUUCGCCCUAGUGAGGAACCAGGAUUGUAUUUUGGGAUCUCUCCCACCCAAUGAGCAGGUUUGCACAUAACACUAAGCCAUGGUUAGUGACCAUAGUUUGCUCUCAAGCCAUUCAAAAUCAGGUUCUAAUCCGGAUUUCUCAAUCUCUUAUAUGAGAGCAAUUUGUAUCUAGCAGUAACUUUGUUUUGGACAACAUAGUUAGAAUCAUAGAAUCAUAGAGUUGGAAGAGACCACAAGGGCCAUCGAGUCCAACCCCCUGCCAAGCAGGAAACACCAUCAGAGCACUCCUGACAUAUGGUUGUCAAGCCUCUGCUUAAAGACCUCCAAAGAAGGAGACUCCACCACACUCCUUGGCAGCAAAUUCCACUGUCGAACAGCUCUUACUGUCAGGAAGUUCUUCCUAAUGUUUAGGUGGAAUCUUCUUUCUUGUAGUUUGGUUAGUUAGUUAACCAUAGUUACUGCAAAUCAGGAGAAAGUAUUAUUAUUUUUCCAUGGAUAGAGUAAGAAGCCUAUGAAUCUGCAGGGUUCAAGAAUGGUUUGGUGGUUGGUGAGAUGACACAUAAACUGGGCAAAUCAGAGGGUGAUUCACAUGAUCCUAAAAGUAAGCUAAAAUGUGAGUUGCAGUGAAUUGUGCUUGUGGGUGCUCUGUUGCAGACCAAAGUCCCAUUUGACUACAACUGACUCAUUAUUGGAAGCCUUUGUGGUGAGGAAUUUAGUAGUUAAUUUUCAUAGCUGAAAGCCCAUCUUUUCCAUUCUGAUGAACCUCUGUAGGUCUUAAUCUGGUCUGUGACCACUGAGAGACCCUGCCAGUCUGAUUGGUGAAGCUCAUCAAACAAGAAAAACCCCAUUUUGAUUCUGAGAUUGUUUACCAAGUUUUUAGUAAGUAGUCAUUACAUGUGAAUAAAAGAAUCCUGGUUACAUCCCAAACUGUGACACACUUGGUGUAAGGGCCCCUGCAAUUAUAUCUGUUUUUCUCUUAAGCGUAUAAAAGGGCAGUAAGAUAAUAACACGAAGAGAGUGAUAAUUGUAGGUCUGCGUCUUAGCAAAUGAAUUGCCAUUAGAUAACUAAAAAAAUAAUAAAAAAUCAUACGUUCCAUUCAUUUCACACAAGCUGCUGAGUGAGACUGAACACUCAGCUGUUUGUCUGAAUGUUUGGUGUUUGGUUUUAAUCUUGUUCAUACAGACGGGAGGCAUUUGCAAGUUUAAUAUGUAUGCAGCAGCUAAUUUUUCCCCUCUCAGUCAAAAUCCUGAUUGACACAUUAAUACAUGUCUGGAUUACACAAUGUUGGUUCUCUCUUAAGAUAGUUCUGUAUUUUUCUCUUUAAAAUGUUCAAGUGUUGCCAUAUUAGAGAGUUAAAUUUUUCACAAGCCCCUCAACCUGUUGAUUUUGUAUUCCUUAGAUGUAGUACUUAUCUCCCCCCGCCCAGACCAUUCAUCUACCACUCCAUUUAGAUUUUGGCAUAGAGGAAAUACGUUUUCCUUCCUCCCCACCUUCUUCAGUGUCUUAUAUGCAAACUGGCAGGCAAAAAGUUGGGAAGCAGAUGUGGGGGAACUUUUUCGGGCCAGGGGCCACAUUUGCUUCUGGGCAGCCUUCCAGGGGGCAGAGGCAAAGUGGGCAAAGCAACAGGGGUCAGUUUUGUGCAGUUUCUACACACACUCACACAACCCUCUCUAUCCUGACAAGCAAGGGGCAUGAUCAGAGCACAGCGACACAUCCCAGGCAGGGCUAGUGAAGGGAGUUAGGGGGAGCAGAUGGACACAUUCAGCCCUUGCGCCUGAAGGACUCCACGCUGGUGUAGGGAUGUCUUCCUCAGUAGGCUCACAGGCCUCUGAAUCUUUGCCCUUUCUCCUCCUGAGUCAUUUUCUUCCCCUCAGUCCUGUCCAUGAUGUUUCCUGUUGACAGGGGUGGAGAGCCUUGUCUUUCUGGAUGGUGUUGAACUCCCAACUCCCCUCAGCCCUCAACGUUGGUGGGCUGGAGGAUCACCACCCCUGCUUUAAGAUAGUGUGUACAUGCAGAUAGAAGCUGCUGCCCAGGGGCUUGCAGGUGAUAGUGUGCUGGCUUGGUCUGACACACCAUUGGCCAGCAAACAGUUUGGUGGUUCCUUAAAGGUUGCAGUAGCAAUUUGCUCUUUGAUCAGAGGCUGUGCAUAUUCACCUCUCCAUCUGGUCACGGGCACAAGAUAGGCAUUUAAGUGGGCAUGCCCAUGACACGUUCCUAGCUGUGAAGAAGAGAUACCUCUCUAUUCAGUUUCAGUGGAACUGUGAGGAUUGCUUCCUGUUGCUGUGCCUCAUAGUUCUUUAGGACUUGCCCCUCUCUCCUGAUUUUGACAAGCAGGUUUAGGUCAGUCUGCAAGAGCUAAUGGCUAUCGCUGUUUCUGAAACCUUAUGCACAGUCAACUCUGAAUUGGGGGAAAAACUCACUUCCCUGGAAUUAGCAGUGCAGUAAUUGGAUGCAUGAUCCAGGGUUCAAGCAGCAUAAGGAGCAAAGAGUAGCUUAGGAAACCUAGUCAUAGGUGUUUGUGUCUGAAAAAGGCAGCUGUCAUGGAUCUGCCUACAGUUCAAUAAAUGGGGUGAGUUUUAAACACUUAAACAAGUGCAAAUCUUUGGAGAAAUACAGCUUAAAGGUUUUUCUGACAUUACAGCCAUGCAAACUUUGAAAUAAGUUUGGAAAGCUGCCCUAGCUGCAGGGAAAAGCACCCCUGCUUGCAUACAGAAGGCCUCAGCUUCAGUCCUUGCCAUUUCCAUUCAGAGGAUCUCUGGUAGCAUCAGUUAAUGGGAAAGGCCUCCCUCAUCCCAUCCUAGGGAGCUGUCAGUCAGAGUAGGCAACACUGGGAUAGAUGGCCAAACAGUCUGAUGGAACCCCAGGAGAGCUGCCGCCAAUGUUUGUCUAUGUGAAUUUCAGCAAUUAACUUUGCCUUCAGUUAACCUAUUACAGUCAAGGUGUGACUGUUAAAAAGCCUUAGCACCAUACAUUUCUAUAUUUUGUGUGUAAGAGAUAAUUUACUGAACAUGAAGUGCUGACUUUGGGGGUGUGGAAGUUGUGACCUCCAGAAGUUUGACUGCAGUUCCCAUCAUUCCUGACCAUUGGCCUUCUGGCUGGGACAGAUGGGAGUUGUUGUUCUGCAACAUUUGGAGAGAGGCAGGUCAUCCAUCCCUGGCUUGUUUGUAUUUUGUUCCUUGUUCAGUACAUUACAGCACUUUUUUCAUUCUCUUCAGACAGGUAGAAUUGACAAAUCCUACCCCACAGUUUGUGGCCAUACGGGACCUGUGCUUGACAUAGAUUGGUGUCCUCACAAUGAUCAAGUCAUCGCCAGCGGCUCAGAAGACUGCACUGUCAUGGUGAGUCGCUGCAUUAAGCAUCUCAAAAAGUUGUUUCUUGCUUUCACUUGGAAGUAGUUUUGUAGCCCUUCAUUAAGUUAGCCGUAUGGUAGUCAUUUUAAACUGGCAGCCAGUCAUCCUUGUUCCAGCUUUAAAAUACAACUGCUGUGGGCUCAUAGAUGGUACACUGAAAGGCAGAAAAUAUUACGUGCAUUGUCGCAGCAUGCAGAACUGGAGUGAGUAACACUGAAAGGAAAAUUGGCCUUCACUGCACUUGAAAUGGUUCUGUGCUGAAUUUUUGUUUGUCUAAAAAUUGAAUUAAAAAGCCACAAUAUCAAGAUAGGUGGAUUUAAUUUUAUAUAGCACCAAGUUCAUCCCUGUGUGUUGCACCUCUUAAUCCAUCUCACUUCUGGAUUUGUUUUCUAUCUCAUGGUGGCUUAUCCUGCACCAUCUCCUGUGAUCUCACUUUGGAAGACGUUGACAUUUAAAAAGAAGCAAUUUGGGUUUGCAGAGUUCACCACUAAACAGGAUUGUGUGCUAAAGGAUGUUGGAACGUACUGUAAGAAACAUAAUUCAGAAGGCACAUGAAAUGUAAUGAAUGCCGUCUGGAGGUUCGAUAGAAGUUAAUUGGAGCUUCUUGACAGAGAGAGAUAUUUGCCUCUAACCCAAGUUGCUUGGAGAAACUUGUUUGGCAUUGGAGGAGAGUGAUUUUUUUUUUACAGAGCAGUUUGGAGUUUGGUGACAACUGAUUUUCUAAUGAGUAUAGGGGGGAAAUGUCCAAAGCAGGGAUCUUCUCCCUCCGUGCACCCCCCCCCCUGCAUUCAUUUUACCAGUUGAGAGACAAGAGGAAUCAUGGGAAGUUUGAGUGUCUGUGGCCAUUUGCUGUCUGCUUACUGGGGAGAACUGUGAAGACCCUCGUUUGCUGUCAUCUACCGCUGCCUCAGAAUGGUAAAGCCAUUUGUUCAUUAGGGACCUAAAGUAUCUGAGGCUGUGUAGAUACAUAACUUGAGCAAUGAGCUAGAAAAUGGCAUCUCUAUCCUAUUUUGUAUUUAGGUAUAGCCUUAUCUUCAGGACUGACCCCAGGGAAAACCGGUUCUUCCUGUUGGAUAGCUCAAGUUGACUCUAGUGAUGUCACUUGCCUUUCCCUUCUCAGGACUGUUUUUUUUUAAAAAAAAAUGUUAAGAGUUGAUAUGGUUUCUAACAAAAUGUAUGUUCAAUUGAAUGCCUUAAGAAGGUGUUUUUUUUAUUUUUUUAAGUGUCUUGAGGCUGGAUCUCUCCUUCCUAAUCAGGAUUAAGCCCACAUUUCAAACCUACCACUUAGCACAGCUUCAGCACCUGGUGACAUGUUACUCCAGGGUGAGGAGCCUUGGACAGGUGGGAGAUCCUGCCAUCUUCAUCUGUUCCCUCCCUCUCCCCCCCCCCCCGACCCCUAACUUUGACAGGUGGCAGGAAAGCCAGCCUAUCCACGUCCCUUGCACAGUGCUUCCCACACGCCUGACAGCCAGCUAGUUGUCGAGCACCACAGCACCAGGGGGUUUGCCAGCCCAGUGCUUGGCAGCCCUGAACUUAGGGCUUGCAAAGCUUUCUGCAGGGCUGGGCAGGGCAAUUGCGUUCCCCACAUAUGGCAUCGGGUGUGGAGCAGUUGGGCAUGGUUUGAGGGGAUUAACCUCACAGGCCAAUUUGGGACCCCUUCCAGGCAGUGUUUGAAAUCCCCUGGCUGCCAUGUUCCACUUGCGACCAAGUGAAGAUGUCUUGUUGCCAGGUUUGGUGACUGGCAUCUUCACGAUCCGGCUGAUGCCUUGCAAGUUGGCUGGGGAGGAAGGAGCAUGUGGCUCCAUUAAGGGGCUUUGGUGGGGAGAGGAAGAGGCAGCAUCUACAUGCUGCAGAAGAAUCCCGGAGAGGAGAGGAGGAGGAGGAGAGAAAUUGGGCAGCAUGCACAUGCUGGGGUGCAGCCUUCAGCUACUACAGCCUGCCGUCAUUGCCGAGAGGGGGGAGAGAGAGAGAGAGAGAGAGCGCAGUAGCAGCAAAGCAGAAGUCCAGUCUGUCUCCUGCUAAGGGAACAGUGGCAGGAGCGGCAGGAGCAAGCAGCUUAACUGCCCUGCCUGGCGCUCAUACCUGCCUCUCGUUCUAUUUCCACCUAUUCAUUGUCCUCCUCCUGUUUUGUUCUUGUGUUUCUCUCUCAUCUCAAGUGUAUGGUCGGGAUAAAUGAUAACAGUAGAUAGUUAUAUUAAUAUUAUAAUUGCCUUUUCUCUCUGGUCAAGUUGGAGGGGGUGGGAUAAAUUUCAUACCCUUUUGGCCGUAAGCUUAAUGUCCAUGCGUCUCCCUGGCUUGGAACAGUGUCGUGUGAUUUGGCCCGACUUGUUGAUUCCAGGUAGAGCCCUGAGACAAGAAAGCUGUAUUAAGAUGCAGUGUGGGGAAACUAACUUUUAAAAAAUGACUUUUUAUACUGAUUUUAAGGUAUCUGUUUUGUUUUUGGAUUAAAAUAUUGUAAGUCACUUUCAGUUCCCAUGGCAAAAAAGUAACAACAGUCAUACCCUGGAAGUUCUGAAAGAGCUACAAGGAGAAAUUAAACAUUGGGAGGAAUUUCACAGAGUUUAAGAUUAUUAGAAUUUUAUGUGGGAGAUGGAAGGGGAACUAGGGAGAAUGAUCCAGAGGAGUGGUUUCCAAACUUCCCACCCACAGUUCACUUGAAAACUGCUGAGCAUCUGGGUGGAUUACUUAACGGUUUUUCUACCUGUGCCUUGCAAUCUUAUGGAAUUCAAACUGUAAUACAAUUAAUACAAAUCAUUAGAAACAAAAGAAGCAAUAGACAUACAAUUAAAAUCAAUGUGAAUAUUUAUUGUGAUGGAUGUGCCGCUAAUUCCAGCUUGAAAUGGGCCUACUGGCCGUUCAUUCCCCAUCCCUACAUUACAUGCAGUUGGGAAUUUCUUUCCCUGUUUUAUUUUAAACUGAAAAGCAGCCUUGGGGACUGCAAUUAAGGGGGGUGGAGGAAAAAUAGGUUACUGAGCUAUUUGCUCAAAAUCAUCCUCUCCCAGAUGUUUUUUCACCUUAUGGAGGAGGAUAUGGGGAACCAAAGGAAAGUAUGGUAAAUGUGCGUGGGGAUAGUGAUCUUGGGCUGACACGCAGCACCAAGAGCGAAGAUUAAUAGCUUUUCUGCUAUUAAUAGUACCUUUCUAGGCUGCUUUUCAGUUUUUGAGAUAACAGCUCCAAACUAAGAAAUUGACACAAUCACGUGGCUGAGGCCCUGCUCCAUGUCCUCAGAGGCGAUCACUUUUGAAGUCCCAUAAUUCCUCAGAGAUUCUCCAAGCAGCUUCGCUUUGCUCAUUUUGCCACCAGAGCAAAAUAUUUUUACGUUUUUAAAAGGUCUUCCUAAACACCCUGAUGGCAGUCAGUCUCUGAUUGAGUUUCCCUUUUACCCUCUUCUUACAUGGGGACCCCCACAGACUCCCAUCCAGGUCCAUUCAGACCCAUGUCUGCUUAGCUUCAGCAGAGAGAGACUUGCAUGUGUUUUUUUUUAAAUAAUACGUGUUUUUUCACAAUGCAGAGAGGUGAGCAGUCCAGCCCUUUUGGCUUCUUUCUUUCUUAACUUCUAGAGGGGUUUGCUGUAAAAUGCUGCCAUGAGGCCGCCUAGUCUGAAUGCUCACUUUGAAGAAUGAUUUUUCUCAUGCCAGGAAAUAAGGAACUGCUUAAAUGUGGAUUCUUCAGAACCUUUUGAAUGUUGGUAAUGUACUGCAGGUUUUGUCUUCCUCAGCUGGAGAAUGUUGGAUUAUAUUAGGGUUUUGUGGAGGAUGCCAAAUGGCUCUUCUCAAAUGGGAGGAAUUAAUUUCAGCCUGAGUCAUUCAGUCUGUUCUGCUGGUUUGCUGGACAUCCAGGAUCUUCAAAAAAGCAAAAAGUUUGAGUUGACAGUGAUGCCAAUCAUGACCAUUGGCUUGCUAAGUGAAUCCUUGAUGUUCCAGACAAAUGCAUUAUGCUGAUAGCUGUGGGUUUUCUCAGUAAGUCACUGGUGGCCUAUAGUUCCCUUGAAGCACCUGGAUGUCAUAGGUGGUAGAUGGGUGUGAUAUAAGACAGAACCCCAGCGAGACGAGAAAUAAUUAUAACUAGAUCCCGCCAUAGAGGGAUCUCAAAACUGAACUGGUAAACUCAUUAUGGACUCUGAGACAAAGCACUCUCUUGAGGCAGUGUAAUAUCCAGGAGGGAAAUGGAGAAAGCAGAGCUGAGGGGGUGAGGAACUUCUAACCAGGGUUGAGUUUGAGGCCAGGCUCACUUUGGUGCAGCGCUUCUUUGUACAUGUGCAGAGAACAUUUCCUUUGCCACCAAAUUAACUACAGGUUCUUUCUACACAGUUGGAAUUGGGGACCAGCCUCCCAGAUCAGAGGAUGUGGCAUCUCUUCAGCCCUAGAAAUUCAUCUUUGUAGAAAUGAACAGCUGAAACCCCCCCCCCCUUCCCAAGUGGCUGCCUUUGUCAUGUUUAGGGGCUGUUUUGCCAGAUGUGGGUGCUUUAGUUUGUUCCUUGUGAACAUUCAUGUGGCAAAUUGGUUUGGGAAAGGAAGAAUACGAAAACAUUGGAGCGAUUCUAUUCUAGAAUUCUAUCUUGGCAUAGAAUUCUAGAGUUGGAAGGGAUCCCCAAGGGUCAUCUAUUCCAACCUUCUGUAAUCUAAACUAAGCAUCCAUGACAGAUAGCCACCCGACUUCUGCUUAAAAAUCCACCACCUUCCAAGGGAGUCCAUUCCACUAUGGAACAGCUCUUACAGUCACAAAGUUCGUCCUGGUGUUUAGUCGGAAUCACUUUCCUUGUAACUUGAAGCUAUUGGUCCUACCCUCCAUCCUCCAUGUGACAGCCCAUCAGAUAUUUGAAGGUGGCCAUCAUAUCUCCUCUCAGUCUCUUCUUCUCCACGUGAAACAUAGCCAGUUCUCUCAACCAUUCCUCAUAAGGCUUGGUUUCCAGACCCCUAGCAUCUUGGUUGCCCUCACCUGCACACAUUGCAGCUUGUCAAUAUCCUUCUUAAAUUGUGGUGCCCAGAACAGGUGUGGUCUGAGCAUGGCAGAAUAGAGUGGUACUACGACUUCCCUUCAUUGGAACAAUGUACUUUUCUUGAUAUAGCCUAGAAUAGUAUUAGCUUUUUUUGCUGCUGCAUCACACUGUUGACUCAUGUUCAGCUUGUGGUCUACUAAGACCCCAGAACCUUUUCACAUGUACUACUGGCAAGCCAGGUGUCCCCCAUCUUAUAUUUGUGCAGCUACUUCUUCCUGCCUUAGUGUAGAUCCUUACAUUUGUCCCUAUUGAAAUUCAUUUUGUUAGUUUGGGCCCAGUUCUCCAAUUUGUUACAGUCAUCUUGAAUUCUGAGUGACCUUGGCUAUGCCUCCCAGUUUGGUGUCAUCUACAAAUUUGAUGAGCAUCCCCUGAAUACUUUCAUCCAAGUCAUUUAUAAAGACAUUGAACAACAAGGGGCCCAGGACGGAACCCUGCAGAACCCCACUUGUCACUUUUUUCCUGGGUGAUGAGGAACCAUUAGUGAGCGCUCUUUGUAAUUAAUAAAUGUUGCACACUGCCUUGAGGCCUCUUGUAGCUGAACAGUAGUAUUUUAUUCUUCUAUAGAUAAACAACCAACAACUUAGCAAUUAGAGACAUCACUGAAGACUACCCAACCUCCCUAUAGACAGAUCAUAACAACUUGCUCAAUAACCUCUGCAUAGACUUUCUGCAAGCAAAUUGGGAUGAAUAUUCCAGAAACCGACUGUCUGAAGGAAUCCUGUGAAGCUCUGCUGUUUUUUGAGGGCAGCUGUCAACAAAAAUGGUUGUCAGAGGUGUCACUUGUUGGAAUGAAUGCAUCUGACAUCAUGUAAAUUCUUGGCACCUAGACUUCUAGUGUCAGCCAAAUCUAGGAAUGCUUUUGUGGUCAGAAUGUUUAUGAAUUAUGGAAAAAUGAGGCCAGUGUAAAACUAGGUAUGUUUGACCCAAUCUUGGUAUUGCUUUAGUUACCUUAUUUUGCAUGACAUUGAGGGCUUAGCUGACCACAUGUGUGUUUGGGUCUUCCUGGUCAAGUAUGUCUUUUCUGGUAAGCAUUCAAGUUGGCACAUGUAUUAGGUUCUCAGUUUGUGCACCUGGAGCAAAACUGGUAGUUGCUUGGGCAUUUCCCAUUAUGUAAUGUUUGGCCUCCUGAAUGUAGUCUCUCUGCAGUCAGCAGUGCCUGACUGGUUGUGAAUUUACCAGAGUGCAGCAUUUCAAGAGAGCUGCAACUGAUAGGUCUGUAGACCAACCCUCGCAAGCAAAGAAAGAGUGGCUGUGGCCUGUGUACACCAUAUAUACCCCAGACCAUACUUUGAGCACUCCUGCAGAAAAGAAUUUGGACCUGUUUGUCUUUCUCCCAUGCUUCAUAGACCUGACUCAGGCCUGUCUUGGCUUCUGCUGCUGUGCUGUUAUCUGAUCUGUCUGUUAGUCCUCCUGCUUCCCCAAUUACCUGUGGAAAUCUUCCAGUAGUGUACUCUCUCACACUUCAAUCCAGUUAAACAGCUCCGUUCAUGUUAAAGGGUUGGUGUCUCUCCUUAUGUUGCAGGCCAUAUGGCUGCCUUGAUGUCAUCAAGGCAAGUGGAGGAAAGAUCCGAAUGAAUGCAACCAAACAAACACUGGUAAGGGCUCAUUAUUGAGCCUACCUAGUGGCAGUGAAGGCAGCAAAGAAGGCAUACUUUGCUGCCUUCAUUGCAUCCUCAUUAUGUCCUCCAGCAGAGCUUUUCCGGGUUGUACGGGGCCUUUUACAGGCUGGCCCAAAGGAAGUGAUAGGACCAGGUAGCUCACUGUGACUUGUUGGCAAAGCAUUUUGAGGAUAAAAUCACUUGCAUCCACCAAGACCUUGACUCUGCUGUUAUAGCAGAUGAAUCUCAUGGGGUGUCCAGAGCUCAGUCUAGUCCUGUUGUGCUGGAUGAGUUUCAGUUGGUAAGGCUUGAGGGGGUGGACAAGGUGCUCGGAUCAGUCAGAGCGACCACUUGCGCUCUAGACCCCUGCCCCUCCUGGCUGAUAAAAACCAGCAGGGAGGGAACAGCUGCCUGGGCCAGGGAGGUGAUCAAUGCCUCUUUACGAGAGGGGGUGGUCCCUGCCUGUUUGAAGGAGGCAGUGGUAAAACCACUCCUUAAGAAACAUUCCCUGGAUUCGAAAAAUCUAACUACUAGUUGCUAAUCUCCCUUUCUUGAGCAAGGUUCUGGAGCAAGUGGUUGCAGACCAGAUCCAGGCGCUUUUGGAAGAAACUGAUUUUCGGGAUUCAUUUCAAACAGGGUUUAGGCCCGGUUUUGGCACAGAAAGUGCUAUGGUUGCCCUGUAUGAUGACCUCUGUCGAGAGAGAGACAAGGGAAACACGUCCCUGUUAAUUCUUCUCAACCUCUCAGCAGCUUUUGAUACCAUCAACCAACGCAUCCUUCUGGAGCGGCUCUCCAAACUAGGGGUGGCUGGCAUCGCUUUGCGGUGGUUCCAGUCCUACUUGGGUGGUUGUUCCCAGAGGGUGUGACUUGGGGAGUGCUUUUCAGCCCCGUGGAACCUUCAAUGAGGGGUUCCUCAGGGCUCAAUCCUAUCCACCACGUUGUUUAACAUCUACAUGAAACUGCUGGGUGGGGUUAUCUGGAGGAUUGGAGUAUGUUGUCAGCAGUAUGCUGAUGGCACUCAGCUCUGUUUCUCCUUUACAUCUGCAGUGGAAGUGCUGGACUGAAUGAGAGCCAACAAAGUGAAGCUCAAUCCAGAUAAGACGAAGGCCCCUAGUGAGUGGUUCCCUAGACUAGAUGGGUGGGAGAUCACUUGUUCUUUUUUUAAAAAAUAAUUUUUAUUGAUUUUAACAUAUAAAUUAUAAAAUGUACCUCAAAACUUAUCACUUAUACAAUCUUUUUAGAUUUCCAUCAGCACCUCUGAUGAUCCACCGUUUUAACCACUUCUUAUGCAUUUCUUAACUUUAUAUUGCUUUUACAUCUCUUAACAAAUCAUCCUUCCCAUUCUCCAUUUUUGCAAUACUUCCAAUAAUACUCCUCACAAAACUUCUUGCAAACCUACAAACGUCAUCUGAUCUUCACAAAUACUUUUCAAAUAGUCCGUAAAUUUACUCCAGUCUUCCGUGAAUUUCUAGUCCCCCCAGUUUCAAAUCCUUCCUGUUAGUUUAUCUAGUUCUGCAUAGUCCAUUAACUUCAUCCUCCAUUCUUCAAUCGUCGGUAAUUCUUCUUGCUUCGAUUUUUGGUCCAAGGAGAUCACUUGCUCUUGAUGGGAUUACCCUCCCUCUGAAGGAGCAGGUUUGUAGCUUGGGGGUCCUCCUGAAUCCUUGAGACUCAGGUGGCCUCAGUGGCCCGGAGUGCCUUCCAUCAGCUUCGGCUGGUGGCCCAGCUACGCCCCUAUCUGGACAGGGACAGCCUAACUACUGUUCUCUAUGUUCUGGUAACCUCUAGGUUAGAUUACUGAAAUGCGUUAUAAGUCGGGCUGAAGAUGGUUCGGAAACUUCAGAUGGUGCAUAAAUUUGGUGGCCAGGUCGCUCACCAGAGGAAGAUGGUUUGAGCAUCUUACACCGAUCCUGGUCCAACUGCACUGGCUACCAAUUAGUUUCCAGGCCCAAUUCAAAGUGCUGGUUUUGACCUAUAAAGCCUUAAACGGCUCAGGACCACAAUACCUCAAGGACUGCCUGCUUCCAUAUGAACCUACCCGAACCCUGAGAUCAUCUUCUGAGGCCCUUCUUCAUGUGCCUCCUCCUCAAGAGGUCCGGAGGGUGGCAACACGAGAACGGGCCUUCUCUGCAGUGGCUCCCUGUCUGUGGAAUACUCUCUAUGUUGUUCUCCCCACAUGAACAGUGACAUUUCUGCACUUCUCUAAAUCUCAGCUCUCCACAUAUUUCUCAUGCUUUUCAGAAAAAGCCCCAAUAAAUUCAGGAAACUGAUUUGGACACACCAAAACACAGUUGGCUUACUGCAAGAAACUGAGAGUACAAAUAGUUUUUUUCCUUAAUCUGGUUCUUAGUGUUGCAGAGUUUUAAACCCAUUUCAAAUUUUCAAGAACUAUCAUCUGCUUUAGCUGUCUGUGGCUUUUUCCAGUUCCCUAAGCUUCAUGAUCAGACUAUUGCUUUGCUGUUUUGACUAGGCAAAUUCCGCCCAUUAAAUUGGAACGGUUUGGGGUUCUUUUUGAAUUACCUGCUUUGCUUUGAAUGUUGGCUCAAACUUUUCAGUGGGCCAUCAUGAGAAACUCUGAUGUGAGUGUUGCCUCUUCUGACCUUGGGAGGGCAAUAGCCACUUGGCUUUGCUUGCUUUAGAGUCUUGGAUGUGAAUUCUGCUGGAGCCUGUAAUAAUACACAGUGGUACCUCGGGUUAAGUACUUACCGUAUUUUUCGCCCUAUAGGACGCACUUUUUCCCCUCCAAAAAUGAAGGGGAAAUGUGGGUGCGUCCUAUGGGGUGAAUACAGGCUUUCGCUGAAGCCUGGAGAGCGAGAGGCUCUCGCUCUCCAGGCUUCAGGAAGCUCUGCGCAUCGCUCCGGAGCCUGGCGCCAAGCCGCGCUGGGCUCCGGACGGUCGCGCAGAGCUGCCUGCCCUCCCGGGGUCCGCGCAGCUCUGCGCUGCGCCGGGCUCCAGAGGGUUGCACAGAGCUGCCUGCAUUAGGAAGCCUCAGCGCGCCUGGGCUUCGCACAGCUGUCCGCAAGCCUGGGGAGACCGGCGCGGCUCCCUAGGCUUGCGGAUAGCAGGCUCUUCUGGGGGCUGGGGUCAGGGGAAGCUCGGGCUUCCCCCGUGCCAGCCCCGUGCCUGGGGGGGAAAUAUUUUUUUUUUCUUUAUUCCCCCCCCCCCCAAAAAACCUAGGUGUGUCCUAUAGGGCGGUGCGUCCUAUGGGGCGAAAAAUACGGUAAUUCAUUCUGGAGGUCCGUUCUUAACCUGAAACUGUUCUUAACCUGAAGCACCACUUUAGCUAACAGGGCCUCCCGCUGCUGCCACACCGCCGGAGCACGAUUUCUGUUCUUAACCUGAAGCAGAGUUCUUAACCUGAAGCACUAUUUCUGGGUUAGCGGAGUCUGUAACCUGAAGCGUAUGUAACCCGAGGUACCACUGUAUUCUCAUCAGAAGCAGGCAGUAUAGAGCAGGUUGUUACUUUGCUGCCAUCUGCUGGUGGUUAAUUCUGCUUCCUCAGCAGUUCUCCCCACUUUUGUAUGUAGGUCAGCUCUGGUUCAGAAACCAUGAUUGGCCAGUGGUGACUCAUGCAGAAGAUGCCCAGGGGACACUUCCUUAUUAGCCUUGCCGUCCCUGAAAGCCCUGUGAAGAGGAUCCUGGGGUUCAAAGGCUGCUGUGGGUGGGUGUGCUGGUGGCUGUUGGUUCAGACUUUGUCCGUCAGGCCUGUAGGAAUACAUGCAAGCAUCUUUAGGCACCAGGCAAAAGGUUUCUCUCUAACCAGACCUUGGGCUAAUUAAACAUUCUAUGGCCUUUAAAGGGGUGGGGUAAUUGGUUUGUUUUUGUUUUUGGUUUAUUACAUAUUUUGUGUUCUCGUUUUGUAUGCUUACAUCGUGAAUCACCCUGUGAUCUUUGGGAUGGUGAUGUAAUAAUAAUAAUAAUAAUAAUAAUAAUAAUAAUAAUAAUAAUAAUAUAAUAUUUGGCAGAUGCGGGGAGGGUUGGGGCUCUCUUUAGACCUUCUUGAGAACAUGCCACCCUCCCUUGGUUGCUGAUGCCUCCUGGAGCACUGAAUGCCAUUUGUGAUAAUAAAACAAAUAAAUUGAGUUUGGACAUAAAAAUUAAGUACUCCCCUUUGCCAGCUUGGCAAAUCUCCAGCUAGCUAUGGUUUUGUCCACUUUUUGGAAAGUGACAAUAUCCCAGUAACCACGGUUCCUCCCACCCCACCCUUCUUUUUUCAUUUUUGCAGGUCUGGCAGAUCCCAGAGAAUGGGCUUACGUUGCCCCUGACAGAGCCUGUGGUCAUCUUGGAAGGCCAUUCCAAAAGGGUGGGCAUUGUGGCCUGGCACCCCACUGCGCACAAUGUGCUGCUAAGUGCAGGUAGGCUCUGGAACCCUGAGGAACAAAAGGAAUUGGCUUCUCCCAGCUGACUGGCCUUUAGCUCUUGCAGAGCCAGAAAAACCUCUCCCAAAGCCACGAAUGGAAGUGUUCCUGUGGUUAAGAAAGGAGGCAAGGCCAUACUCUGCUCACGUGACCAGUUGGGCAAGAUCCGCUUCCUGGAGGGUUUGGCCUUCCUUUUCCCCCUGUGUCAUGUGUCACAGCCACUUCUUUUGAAAACCUACAUUACCUUUCUAGUUUUCUUGCUCUUCACCAGGUGGUUUGCUCACUCUGCUCUAUUUCCUAGUAAAUUUCUAAUCUGCAUUAAGUUUUCUUAAAGCUGCUUAUACUUUUGGAGUAAGUAUUCCUGUUUCCCCCCUCCCCUUUUCUUUUGACUCUAAACUAGCACCUAUGAAAAGGCACAGUGUUUCCCCCCCAAUUCUGUGCCAAACCUUGACUUUCAGAUAUGGAGUUUGGGGUGUUAUUUUUAGAUGCAUCACUGAACUCAGUGUGCAGGGUCAGUGAUAUUGGGGGGGGGGGAAGGAUAGAAAACCCAUUAAUGUGCUAAUUUAUUGGAAAAUGGUUCUCCAUAUCCUAAGUGCUGAUAGUGUUGUUUUAAUGAUGUUCUUUAUUGAACCAAUCUAGGUUGACUUGGCCCUUUGCAAGCUAGUAAUUGGUUUGCUUGAUGAAGAAUUCUUUGAGUCUUGAAAGCCUGCAUUCUCUUAUGUUGGCAAAGUUAAGGUUUCCUGUCUCUGUGUUAAAUAGAGGCUUAAACUACUGACCUUCUUGUUUGAAUUAAAAUGUAGCUCUGCCCACAAAUGCGACCGCACAAGGCAACUAACACCCAAGAGGUGAAUAAAAAAGCAGUGAAAUUGUCACAAAGAAAUACAGCACAGCUGAAAUAUUAAAAGCAGAAUAAUAUCAGUUUUUCUCUGGUGCUUGAGCAGAGAGGGGUCAGAGGACCUUCUUGGGGUAGAAAGCUCCAUCGUGUUCUCCUUCCUUUUUUUUCCUGGGUGGCAAAGCUGGAGCGACCUUGAGGCUCCUUUUAGAGAGUCUGACUGUAAGGAUUUUCAUACCUCAGGGAAGCGGAAAACAUUAACAGGUAACCCUUAAAACACGCACAGGUAACGGGCUUUUAUUUCUUAAUUGCCUUCCUUCAGGCUGUGAUAAUGUUAUCAUCAUCUGGAACGUGGGGACAGGUGAGCCCCUCAUAAAUCUGGACGACAUGCAUCAAGACAUGAUUUACAACGUGAGCUGGAAUCGGAAUGGGAGCCUCAUCUGCACAGCAUCCAAGGACAAGAAGAUCCGAGUGAUUGACCCCAGGAAACAAGAAAUUGUUGCAGUGAGUAUGUGCUGUAUGUAGCCCAGUAUACCUGAAGGAGUGUCUCCACCCCCAUUGUCCAGCCUGGAGGUCCAGCUCCGAGGCCUUCUCUGUUGGGAGCUGCCCAGAGUGUCUGGGGAAAUAAUAAUAAUAAUAAUAAUAAUAAUAAUAAUAAUAAUAUUUGGCAAGUGGUGGUUUGUCAAGGAAGCUGUGCUGCUUAUCCUCCCCCGUGCCUCCGGCGCCUUCCCUCACUUAAAGCCAAGUUCAUUGUGCACGGGAAGCUAUUCAUAUUUCUAUACUUAGGCCCUUUUCUUCCUGAAACUCAAGGCACCGUUGUGCCACUUGUGGCUUCAUCAGCAUUUGGAGAUUGGGUUUUAUGUUCUGUUGUGUACAUAAUGCUUAUGCAUUCGUGCUUUGUCUGCUCAUGCAGAUUGGGGGUUGAAGGCUAGACAUCAUGAGUGGAGGGUGAAUCCUUCCAUUUGUAAGUACAUUCAUCUUUUUUUUGGUUUCAGAUGCCCUCACAGCUUGCUUUGCAAGUCUCAUUGGGGACGUUAGGAGAUAAUAUCAGUGACUGUUGCUACCAUUUCCCUCUCUUUCCUCUCUUGCUUCUCCUCCCCCAAACCAGGAGAAAGAGAAAGCUCAUGAGGGAGCCCGACCCAUGAGAGCCAUCUUCCUCUCGGAUGGGAACGUCUUCACCACGGGCUUCAGCCGGAUGAGUGAAAGGCAGCUUGCACUCUGGAACCCUGUAAGUGCUUUAGCUGCCAUCAAACAUUGCCAUAGAGCUCAGCAAACAACAACAACAGCAACACCCUAUUCCAGGGGCAGGCAACCUAAGGACCGUGGGCUGGAUGCGGCCCAAUCGCCUUCUCAAAUCGGCCUGCGGAUGGUCCGGGAAUCAGCGUGUUUUUACAUGAGUAGAAUGUGUGCUUCUAUUUAAAAUGCAUCUCUGGGUUAUUUGUGGGGCAUAGGAAUUUGUUCAUUUUUUCUCCCAAAAUAUAGUCCGGCCCACAACAUGGUCUGAUGGACGGUGGACCGGCCCACGGCCGAAAAAGGUUGCUGACCCCUGCAGCCCAUCCUGCCAACAAACGUGUUCACUCUGCAACUCUGUCUUGAUGCUUCAGAUGUUCCCUUAGGAAACAAACUUUUAAGUUAGAAUCCUAGCAUUGUAGAGUUGGAAGGGACCUAAAGGGUUAAUUUACUUACUUUUAUGUAAUUCUGCAACUGCCUUUUACAGCCCAGGCCCUUUGCACCUCAGGACAGAGACAGGUGAUAGGGUCUUUUUAGAUAAUUUGGUCAGGGCGGCUGUCUACCAGCUCCACCUGGUACGCAGGCUGGGACCCUACCUGCCCGCGGACUGUCUCACCAGAGUGGUGCAUGCUCUAGUUAUCUCCCGCUUGGACUACUGCAAUGCACUCUAUGUGGGGCUACCUUUGAAGGUGGCUCGGAAACUGCAAUUAAUCCAGAAUGUGGCAGCUAGACUGGUGACUGGGAGUGGCCAUUGGGACCACAUAACACCAGCCCUGAGAGAUCUGCAUUGGCUCCCAGUACGUUUCCGAGCACAAUUCAAAGUGUUGGUGUUGACCUUUAAAGCCCUAAACAGCCUCAGCCCAGUAUACCUGAAGGAGCGUCUCCACCCCCAUCGUUCUGCCUGGACACUGAGGUCCAGCUCUGAGGGCCUUCUGACGGUUCCCUUACUGUGAGAAGUGAGGUUACAGGGAACCAGACAGAGGGCCUUCUCGGUGGUGGCGCCCGCCCUGUGGAACGCCCUCCCACCAGAUGUCAAGGAAAUAAGCAGCUAUCUUAUUUUUAAAAGACAUCUGAAGGCAGCCCUGUUUAGGGAAGUUUUUAAUAUUUAAUGCUGUAUUGCAAUUGGGAACCGCCGAGAGUGGCUGGGGAAACUCAGCCAGAUGGGCGGGGUAUAAAUAAUAAAUUACUACUAUUAUUAUUAUAUUAUUAUUAGUAUAUGGCUUAAUCUGAAACUCUUUGCAACAAACUAUAUCAAACACCAAAAUGCUCUGGAAGAUGAGAUCUGUCACAUGCAAAAAGUGUGACAACUGCAGCAAAUUGUAGUUCUCAGAUAUUGUGCAUUAAAUUUUAUUUUGGUGUUUGCUCUCUGGGCAGCCAGCAACAUCAAUGUCAUUCUGACUAGCAGGGUUACCAGAGUCCAUGUCUUCCAAAUGUAAGAUGCCGUUCUUCUCUCUGCAGAAAAGCAUGGAAGAGCCCAUUGCCCUUCAUGAAAUGGACACCAGCAAUGGUGUGUUGCUGCCCUUCUAUGACCCAGACACCAACAUCAUUUACUUAUGUGGAAAGGUAGGUCAUGGCUGCUGUGGUGAAGAGAACGGUUGUCUGAGAAAAGCAGCCUGUUUGUGGCAUUUCAGUGCUGCCUGCAAAGGUUGCCCUGGCUGCUACUCCAUCUCCUUGUUCUUGCUCCCCCCCGCCCCCUGCUCUAGAGUGUGGAUUUAUGUGUGUAUGUGUAUAAAGAGAAUGCAGAACUUCACAUCAUAAGCGACACAUGAUAUAUACCAAAGGAGAGAACAAACCAACUCCACUUCUUCUUAACAGUUUUCAAAUCAUUUGUUUGCAAGUCCCUCAGGACCACUAGUCUGUCAUAGGAAUUUAGAUACUGUACAUAUUUGUUUAGUUAUUUACAAAUAUUUAUACCUUAUAUUUACAAAUAUUUAUAAAUAUAAAUCCCAGAGUGACUAACAAUUAAGCAACAGAAAACAGUAAUGAUCACAUUUAAAACGGCAAAACAUAACAUGAAACAUUGAAACCACUCCAUUCCCAUACUGCUAAGAUAAAUCAGAGCAUCUAAAUAGCCAGAGCAAGAAGAGGUCUUCUUGACCCUGGGAAGACGACUCCUCUCUGUGGAAUAAAUUCCAAAUAUUAGACCUCUUUGAUGGUGCCCCAUCUCUGGUCACUCCUCACGUGUCAGUGGUGGCUUCCCCAGCCCAAUGUUUUUAGCUGCUGAUGUUAUGGAAUUUAGGCUGCCCUCAAGAUAUGGUGUGCACCACCCAGGGGUUCGCAAUGGUUUCGUGGCCCCCUCUCAGUCUAUGGCUUAGGCAUUUUAAAAAACCACAGGGUCCCUGUUAAGUUUCACAUGUGGCUUGAGAAUCAUUCCUUUUCUCCCCUUGGAUUUUGGGGGUGAGGCGAGACUGGUGCUGCAUUGCAAAGCAUGUUAUUUUGGUGGAGUCCUGAAAGGAUAAUCAGAACAGUCUGCCCAGGCUGCAGGUUUGAGCUGUCCUGGACAGACACCUGUUAGACUGAUAAGUUGAGAAUUUUGUCAGGCAGAAUUAACUGAACAAUGUGCUGUCGUCCAUUGUGUGUGGGGGGUGUGAUUCUUGAUUCUGCAGCCUUAUAUGUGAGGCUUUAUGAAAUCUUGAACAUGCAGUAGGAAAAAAACACUACCUGCCCUCUUGUUUAAAAACUGCUUUGGGGCUAUAUGAAGAAGCCCAAGGACUGUGGCUAAUGGUGAGGCUGCAGGGGGAGAGUGAAGCUUUUCUCCUCCUUUCCUAAUGCCAGCCCUCUAGUUAGCAGGUUUGGGAGAGGCAGAAGAAAGACCUGCUUUGCAAAACACCCAACUAAAUUAUGGAAUUUUUAGAUACAGUCAAGCCACGCUAACGCUUUGUUCAAAGGCAUUGUGCCACUUUGUAUCCCCGUUGGUGGGGAGGGGGCCGCGGUGAGGAAAGGCUCAUUGCUUGUAGGCUUCUGGCUACCACUGUGGGCAGCAGCAGCAGGGUGGAUGCGCAGGCCUGUGCCUUGGUCCUGCAGGUUGCUUCACGUGUCAGUAGACAUAAUUCACACUGGAGGCUUCAUGAAUGUGCCAGAGACACCAGGUACCUGAAGGGUGGGCGUGUUGUACAAGGAAUGGUCUGGGAGGACACACCUCCUCACCCCCGCGAGCAGGAUUCCUGGCCCGUAGUCACUUGUUUGCCCUCCCCAAUUUCUUCCAGGGUGACAGCAGCAUUCGCUACUUUGAGAUCACAGAUGAGUCGCCCUAUGUGCACUACCUCAACACCUUCAGCAGCAAAGAGCCGCAGAGAGGGAUGGGCUUCAUGCCGAAGAGGGGCUUGGAUGUGAACAAGUGCGAGAUAGCAAGGUAACGAGAGGCCAGGAAGAGUGCCAGCGACCCCGACUGCAGCCCUGGGAUCUCUAGCUUGGCACCCUAACAUUCUGGGUCACGAGUCCACCACUUGGCGCUAUACAAUCUGAACUGUUUCAAAGGAUGUAGGGAUGGAAGAUUUUGUAAAGGAAGUGAUGUCUCAAGGCAUGCUGGAUGUCAGGGUAACUUGUCUACAUCAGAAAAAUAAUCUGUUUAAAAGAAGAAAUUGACAAAUAAAGCAAGCCAGGUGGCAUUCCCCUUGUCAUAGCCCCAAAUACUGACACUUCUAGGAUCUCAUCGGUCAGCAGCAAAAUACUUUCCUGAAAUGCAUGUUGUGGCUUCCAUAUUUGGGAAGAAAAAUCUACCCAGCCUCAGGAUUUUCUUAACAAUGGAAAGUCCUUUUGGUUUCAGCUGCUCUUUUGAGGUCCUUUUGAGGCCUAGAGAGGAAGAAAAUUGGGCCAUGCCUUAGCUUUGAGUUGAGUUGACUUUUAAAAAGGACAAGGAAUCAGUGGCUGCCGGUCACACUGGCUCUAUGUUCCCUCCAGCGUGGGAGGCAGUGUGCCUCUGAAGGCUAAAGGGAAGAGGGCUUGUGGCUUCCCACAGGCAUCUGUCUGGUUGGUCAGACAGGAUGUUGAUCUUAGAGGGGCCAGACUCAAAGCCGGAUGAGCGCCGCAACCCCAUAAUCACCUUUGACGGGACUUAACCCUGCAGGGGUCCUUUACCUUUACCUCUACCUCUACGUGUGCUUCUUUUCUUUCAAAGGUUCUUCAAACUGCAUGAGCGAAAGUGCGAGCCCAUUAUCAUGACUGUCCCUCGGAAGGUGAGUGUUUGCGUUGUUUCAGAUAUGUGAGCGUCUUGUAGGACUUUUCACAGCACAGUUACCGAUGUGGCCGUUGCAUCUUCCCCCACCUCCCUUUUGCAGUCUGACCUUUUCCAGGAUGAUCUCUAUCCUGACACGGCUGGUCCAGAGGCUUCCCUGGAGGCUGAGGAGUGGUUUGAUGGGAAGAAUGCCGACCCCAUCCUUAUCUCAUUGAAGCAUGGAUACAUCCCUGGCAAAAACAGGGAUCUCAAGGUGGUCAAGAAGAACAUACUAGACAACAAGCUGGCAGCAAAUAAGAAAAGCGAUCUCAUCAGUGCCCCCAAAAAAGCAGCGGACACCUCAAACACCGUGAGUAAAAAAAUAACUUCUUAGCUUUCAGUGUAUGGAGUCUGAAAUAGACUCAUUUCCCCACUUGCAUUAGAUUAUUGAGAAAUUUGGAGCAGGAAUUGCCUCUCCAGGCUCGCUCAGCAUGCCCUGCUGGCUUGGCCUUCCUGUGGAAUGCAGGUUUACAGAAGCAGGCUUCUUAUAUUGGGAUGGGCACUUAAAAGCAGAAGCGGCCUUUGGGGCGAGACCCAGCUCCCUGCCCCUUCCCUCGUUCAGUGGAGAGCCCAUUCUGGGCACAGACCAGAUUCCAGGUUCAGUUAGUGGCAGAGGAUGGGAAAGACCUCUGCCUGAGGCAUUGGGCAGCCACUGCCAGUCAGAGCAGGCAGUCUAAGGCUAGAUAGUGCAAUGGUCCAGCCUGGAAUAUGGCAGCUUCCUUUGCUCUGUGCUGAAACCUCUGCUUCUUCUCGUGGGGUUAGAUCAGUGUUCUUGCAAUCCAGCCUUCUUGUCGUGUGAACAAAUUGCAUGUGUUGGUAGUGUUCCACUCUAUUUCUACGUGGGAUUUCUUCUUCCCAUUACUAUUCUAGUAUUCACUGUUUUCCAUUUCUGUCUCUCUUUCUCACUGUUGUAGCAAAACGAAGCCAAAUUGGAUGAAAUUUUGAAAGAGCUCAAAUCUCUAAAAGGCACCAUCACCCACCAAGACGAGCGCAUUUCCAAGUUAGAACAGCAGAUGGCAAAGAUUGCAGUCUGAGAGCCCAGCAGCUGGGGGACCGGGGAGGGAAGGAAGGAAGGAAGGAAGGAAGGAAGGAAGGAAGGAAGGACGGAAGCAGAACUCAAGCUGUGAGCUGACUGCAGGAUGGGGGCUGGGGGGAGUCACUGCCAUUUGGGGGGCGUUCAUUUUCCAAAGCUGCCCCAGCACGACCACCUCGGGCACUUCCCAGUCAAGACUUUCUCCUCCCAAAUUCACAAGCGCCAGCUGAAGCCAAUUUGAAGCCAAACCUUUUUAGUGAUUUUUUUUUUUUAUUUCCUGAUGUUCUUGGUGACUGUGUGGCCAUUUCAAAACUGCUGCUGUUGUGACCUGUUUCCUCUCAUCUGAAAGCCAACCAUUCCACCUCUCCAGUGAGGAGCCAAUCUGUCAGACUUCCUAGGAUUCAGGACCAAAAUUACGUCGUUUUUUUUUAAAAAAAAUCCUUUUAGAAAUUCCGUUUUUUAAAAAAACUUUAAAGUCGUGAUUUCCCCCCUUUUUAUUAUUUUGCAGUAUUUUUGCAUUUUUAAUCUAAAGGAACAUUGCUUUGUGUGUAUAUGUGCCAUUCAGAGAACAAAGGAAUUCUGUGUAAGCCUUUUAAUCUUUGAACAGUUGAAGUGGUGGGUCCACUGCCAUGUCUGAAAGAUCCAACCUUGAAAAUAAUUUCAGCUCUCUGACCUCUUACAAAUGCAUCCCAAACCCCUGAUAUCCAUUCUUCUCCCCUCCCCUCCAUCCCAUCACAGGGACUGAAUGCUUUUUCCAGGGCUGAGUAUUGAAGUCUGUGUUGCCAUUAUUCAAACUUACAUUGUGUUUCUGGUUUAAUCUUAAUAGUGUCAAAACCUGGCAUGUCGUGGUGGUUGCUAAUUUUGGGUCCAUGUUUCCCUUCCAAUAUUUGUUCUAUUUAUCAUCUAUAUAUAAAGUUUUAAGAAUGACAGACAACCAACCAUUAAGUUGUGCAAGCAGCUGAGUUGCCCUCUGGGAAUAUUCUCUGCUCUUCCUUCCAUCCUCUGUGUCUAGAACUUUCAUAGUUGGGUCCUGCCAGGGUUUCUUCGUUCUUGCCACUAAGGUCUUCUGAAAUGAAUUGUGUGUGUGUGUUUUUACGUACAGUAUCUAUCCUGUCCCUUGAGGAUUUUCAGUCCAAAUUUGAUUGUCCCAGGACACCCCCUUGAUCUCGGUGGUGCAGGGCAACCACUCCUUGAUUGUCACAGUGCCUUGGGGGCAGACAGGGAGUCAGUCUGAGCAGCUCAGUCAAUGCCUGGGAAGAGCAUUGGACUGGAGGAACCAGCCCAGGUAGGGAUCCUUUUGGCUCCCUGGGUCACCCGAUUGAGCUCUGUUAGGUUGGAAGCUGCACUUGCCACCUCCAGGCUGCCUUUAGUGAAGAUGAAGCCCACAAGCUGCUCCAGUGAGCAAGUUCCAAGACAUUCGCCCCUAAGAAUCUGCCAUAAUCUCUUGCAACAUCAGCUGCAGCCAAGUUCCAUCGCUAGUAAACAAGAGCUGCAAGAUUCUCCCCCACCCCUCAAAGGCGUUUCUUAGCAUUGGCACAUAAAUAGCCUCUGGCUUACUUGCUCCAGGGUGGCCUCAGGCUGCUCACAAAGGGCAUGAACCACAGCAGAAGAGGCCACGUCUCUCUUCGUAUGAGUUCCUCAGCUGUUUUUGGUUGUGAGAAUCCGAAGUGGGUCUUUCUGGCUUGGAUGGAUGAGGUCUUCUGCCCUUUCUUCUCUCUCCUCCUGCCACCCCACAGGGAACGUGAGGCUUUUUCAUACCAAACAGGCAUGGUCACAUACUAGGGGCACAGCUGGAUGCUGCUGCCAAACACGCCCAGAGCCAGUCUGCAUCCAUGGCUGUGUCACCUUGAUGCUUUGUGCUGCGGCACUUUAAAGCAUCACUUCAAGAGGGGACUCUCUGCAGGAAAGUCAGGACUAUUCACACUGUCCCCUCGCCCCCAUGGCUUCCGAGUUUUGCAGGUGUGCUGAGAUCAGCUGGCACCUGGGAAAACCCAGCAUCUUGCAAAAGUGGUGUGGGCCAAUGGAUCCGUUUGGAAGCCUCUUUCUUUUAAAAGCUUUUGAGUACUGCAUACUUUUCUUUUUCUUUAUUUAAAACACACACCACACUCUCUACCCACCUGGUCUAAAGAAACUGCCUUUAGGCGUGGCGGUCCUGCACAGCUUCACCUGAGAUCAAAAUGUGUCUUUUCCGUCAGUAGUUGAAGAUAGAAUGUCUUAAGGUGGACCCCCCCCCCCCCAAUUGCAUGUUCAAACCUCUCAGAACAAGAAUGUUGUGGUCUGGGGAAGAUAUUUCAUGCCUGUGGUGGGAAAUUAUGCCACGUGGGACAGCGGAGUUAACUCUCGCUGCAAAUGUGCUGUUGGGGCGAUGGAUGUGCGUUGUUGAACAGGAUCAGGUGGUCAGAUGUGUGUGAAAGAAGCACCAGGGCAAUAGUGGCAAAUACUGUGUCGGUGGGAGUCUGUAGUUGAGGCAGUUCUGAGGUAAGUGGAUGUUUGGGGUGUUUUGCGCUCGGUGGCUGGUGAGGAGGUGUGAAUUUUCAGAAGGAAUAAGGGAACUCGCUCCCUGGCCCAAGGGUUAUUACCUUGUCCGUCUGUAAAUGUUGCUUCAGUCUUGUGUCCUGGAGACCUUUUUGUUUUUAAAUUGGUGAGGAGGAGAGAUGAGCUUUUUCUUUCCAAAUGCCAGGUGUCGUCCCCUCCCAGUUUCCUACUUCCCUCUUCCCGCAGCAGCGCUGGCUUUCCUGGGUGCACUUUUCUCUCCUUUUAUUUCUGAAGGGAGGGGCGUGAGAAGGGCCUCCUUGGAUGUGUAGCUUGUCUUUAUUUAAAGGAUCUGGUGAUGCCUAACCAGGCUCAGAAGGAGUCAGUGCCUGCAGCUUCUUGUGAGCUGUGACAUUCCCCCCACGAGACCCAGCAAAAGGUAUUCAAGAGAUGCGCUCUUAUAGAGUGCCCAAAGUGUUCUGUCCAAAUAGUUGCUUCCAAUUUCAGAGAUUAAAAAAAACCAUUGAUUACAAAAACCCAAA